AUGAUGGGGCAGCCGGUAAGUACCCCCAGUGUCCCCUCUACAGCUAUACCUGCUGCACCAUUUGGGACCCUGUGACUGCUAUAAGGCAGCCUGGCAGAGCAUGAAAAGUGCUGCCUGCAGGAGGUAGAGUUCAUAUAGGCAGGAGGGAAGGCAAUGUACACAGCGAGCCAUUGCAAUAGCUGUCUGCUUCACCAACAUGCAGUAUGUGAAUGCUACUUGGUGGAGGGCAGCACUUUACCUGUACUGCACAAUGGCACGAUGGCAUGAUGGUUCUGCCAGUCCUGCCAUCCCAUGUAGUGUUGCACUUUAUACCAGUGUAAUCUCAGUGCUAGCAUUGUAGCUAAUGGCUGGCCAAGCUUUGUGGGAAAUGUGGACUAGAGGGACGAGUUGGGGUUUAUGUGUAGUGUGUUUACAUAAACUUAAAAAAAAAAAAAAAGUGUGUGUGUAUGUAUGUAUGUAUGUAUAUGUGUAUAUAUAUAUAUAUAUAUAUAUAAAAUCUCUUUGCAAUUUCGAAUUUUUAUUUCCUCUGUGAACACCUUUUUUGAAUACAUUUUUAGGUUUAGCAAAAUCUUGAAUUGUUGAGUAUUGACAUGCUCACAGCAACUAAUCUGUUUUUUUUUUUUUUGUUGUUUUGUUUUUACAUUGGAAGUUGUCUUGUUCUCAUUAUAAAAUUUGGUGCAGUGUUAAAAGUGUACCAUAACCACUACAACUCACUGUAGAUAGGAGUUCCCUAGCACUUUCCCAGGGUAGUUUGACAAGUUACCUGUGAUACACCCCAGAAGUUACUGCACUAGCAAUGAGAUGCCUAUCUAGCACAGUUCUAUAACAUUUGGAAUUAUUUAUUUUAUUACAGGAUGAUCCUUCUCUGGAAAGGCAUUUUAAAGGACACAGAGACACCAUCACCAGUGUGGAUUUUAAUCCCAACAUGAAACAAGUUGGUAAGCCACUUCUUCAUUUCAAAAAAUAAAUGUUUUCUUUGGGUGUAUAUGAAAAAAAAUCAAUCAACAAUCAUAGGCUUCACAUAUAGCAGCCUCUGUCCUGGAGUCUCAUGCGCUCGUAGCUUUCUUAUGCUUCUCAAUGAGCUUUAAAGCGGCACUGUCAUGGCCAAAUCAAUUUAUUUUUAUUUUUUUAAAACCCCACUUCUGACUGCAAUACACUGUAUUGUGCACAUUGUUACCCCCAAAUACCCCCGAUGUUAACUUUUUUUUAUAACUUUAUUUUAUGCCCGGACCUAGGUCCUGGGCACCGCCAUCUUUGUAUGGGCAGAUGAAGGCACUAUGAAAUUCCGGCGCAUGCCCAGUUAAACACUGGGGCAUUUGGACGGGAAUUUUGUCCAUUCAUUCAUUCGUCAGAAAUAUGAAUGAAUAGAAAGUUCAAACGGAUGAACAAACACCUCUUUGUUUGUUCGUUUAGUUUAUUACAAGGAGGGAGCUACUGGCUCAUAGCUCCCUCCUUGUAAUAUGUUAAACUAGAAGCGUCAGGAUGCGAUGGAAUAAUGGAUUUUUAUUUGGCCUUUUUUGGGGCUGUAAAAAAAGGUUUAAGUAUGAAUAUUUUUUUUUUUGCCGUCCCCUCCCCCCAACUAUUUUUAGGGUGAGUGGGUAAGUAGGGUUUAAUUUUAUUGGGGUGGGGGUGACUAGGGGCUUUGGGACCUCUAGUCACCUGUGGGGGGGUGAUUUAUUUACAUUUAGCCCCCACACGUUGCCGGAGGGGACAAUAGGUCCCCCCUCAUUUUGUUACUUAGGACCGCUACUCACGGGUAGAGGCAGAGGGAAGACAAUAGGUACCCCCUUUUGUUACUUGGGGCCCCCACCCGCCGCUCAUGGUGGGGAGACAAUAGGUCCGGUCCCCCCCACCCGCCCCUCAUGGGACAAUGGGUGUCUCCCCCCAUUGUUCCUUUUGGCUCCAACCUGCCGCUCAUAGGAGUUAGGUUCUUCUUCUUUUUUUUAAAUUUUUUUUUUAAAUCUUUAUAACAGUGAGUAGGGGCAGAAGGGAGAUUGUAAAGCAACUUUUUGCUAAUACUAAGUAAUCUUUACUUAGUAUUAGUAAGUUUGGCAGAAAGACCAAUUUAGGUCUUUUAGUAGAUAGCUCCCUAAUUCCCACGGUAUCAGGGAGCUAUCUACUCGCGGCAUGAAUAGGAUCGGCAUUUUAUUCAUUCAAAUGAAAUUUUGUUCCGAACAGAAGUUACCGAAUUGCAUUCUAACACGAAUGGAGAAACUGUUCUUAUUGUGUUAAGACGAAAUUCGGUAGUUUAGCCGGCAUCCUGUCUAAAUGACAGGUUGUUCGGGAAUAGUGAAAGGAGACAUCACAAGAUCACGGCGGAAAGGAUGAAUAUUGGGGGGGAAUUUCUCUGACUCACUUGAGCUGGUCAAGCGAAGGAAAAAUACAUCAGAAAAGUAGGAAUUAGCAAAGUAGUCCCUACUUUGUCUUAUGUUUUAAAGAAAACUAGAUUAGUUAGGAAGAAAAGAACAGAUCCUGAGAGAGAGAGAAGAGGAAGUGAUUGGUGAAAGGUGAGUUCGGCAUGACAGUGCCACUUUAAUGAAAAGGGGGAGAGGAAGGUGCAUACUAACACAGUGCGGCUGUCGUUUACGUUAGCUCUGUUAAGCUAAAAGAAGGGGAAGAAAGUCUCCCUGAUUAUCUGAGUGAUGACCAAAGAGGUGUUUCUGCCCCCAAUUAUAAAAGUGCUGAUGGUUAGUGAAAUCAGCACUUUUAUAAACUGUCAGAACUAUGACUGACUCCAUGUACAGCAAGAUGAAGUGCAUUAUAUGUUUGGAAUGUCCCUCUAGCAGUCCUGAUGUCAUUGUUACUCUGUAAUCGACUAAAUAUGUGAACGGCAGAGUCUGUUUCAGGAGUUGUACUCAUAAUCCACGUAUUGGGAAAGCCACCAGCAAAAUAAUAAAUUAUAUACUUACUCGAGGAUAAUCAGUGCUUCUGCAAGAUGGCUUACAUAAGUAACUUCCUUGAUAGCCAGACCCUAACUUAGAUUGGUUUUCACAUGGAAUUUUCUUUUUAGUGAUCUAAAAAAAAAAUGCCCUGUAUUUUAUUAAGGCUAUGCAACACAUCUAAUUAGAAAUAAAAUUAUAGAAAAGAUCUUGAUAAAAGUCUAAUUUGGGGUGAAACGUAAAUCUCACUUUGAAUAAAGCAGCACACUUGGAAAAACAAGACCUGGGAGUGCUCUCUUUAUUUUCUUAUAAAUAUUAUGAAAAUAAUUUAAAAUGUUAAUGAUGCUUUUGUUAACACCGUGCAAGUGGAAACACAGAUCCAUCCCAGACCUGUAAGAAGCAUCUUAUUGUGGUGUAUUUAGUUUUUUUUUCAUCCUUUAAACUUAUUUUUAGCAGCAAUAUUCUCAACCCGUGAUCUCUCAGCCACUUAUCUGGUGAGGUAGCUUUGUUCAUAUGCCCAGCGUGCACACUCUGCACACAAACAUUACAUAGAUCUUUGGUGAAGGAGGAAGUAAAAUGUCUCCUGUGAUGUCACUGAUCCAGGGGCUAAUCUACAGCUGCAGGAACUGUGACAAAUUGUUAUGGAUGACUGGUUAACUUUAAAGUGACACUCCAGAGCACUAAAACAAUUGUUUGCAGAAGUGGUCUGUGUGAAUAGUGUGUCCUAUUUUUAACUUUACAAAUGUGCAGACUUCACUACAACGUGUCACUUUUAUAAAUAAACGUUGUUACAACCACCGGCUGUCAGUCUGGCAACCAAUUCUUCUACUUCCUGGUUUGUUUAGCUUAAUUGUGCAGAGUACCUGCCUUGUAAAGACUUCUCAUUGAGCUGCAUUGCAAAGUCUGUGAUUGGCCAGCCACAGAAAUUCUGGGCUGGUUUAGAAGGGGAGGAUUUGCAAAAGCUUAAUACAAGAGAUCUGCAGCUUUUGUAAGCAGUUUUUAGAUUAACUUCUAAUGAAAAUGCAUAAUUGCAUGCAUUGGUUUCAUUGGGGGCAUAUUUACUAAAGAGGGGUUUUUGGGGUUUUUUUUUUUUUUAGUUUGGGCAAUAGAGGUUCCUUUUUGACUACUUAAAACAAUUGUUUGUCCUGAUUUACAGUUCAGAUACAUUUUAUUUUUUUUAUUUUCUUCUUUUACAGCAAGUGGUUCAAUGGACUCCUGUUUGAUGAUCUGGAAUAUGAAACCGCAAAUGCGAGCAUACCGCUUUGUAGGGCAUAAAGACGCCAUUUUGUCAGUUGAGUUUUCGCCUUCAGGGCACCUCAUUGCAUCUGCUUCCAGAGAUAAAACUGUUCGUUUAUGGGUACCUAGUGUGUAAGUAAAAUAUUUAAAUUAAGCAAAUUCAACAAUAGCCAGUUGUUUGUUUUCUGUUCAUACCCUUAAAAGGACUUGGGAAUUUUAAGGGCCUAUUUAAAGAUCUUCUGUAAUGGAAGUGAAUAUUAAGUGAUACUUUGGUUAGUUUAUGGCCACAUAAUAGGGAACCAUCAUGGGAACAAGUUGUAGUGUCUUCAUGCACUAUGGCAUACAUAUUUGUGGAGAAAGAAGUUAAACUUCAAGUAUUUAGUUCAUUUAAUCUAUGCACUUUCUAGUUAUGUUGAUAGCAUAAUGUAUAAAUUAUAUUUUCCUGAAGUUUUUCUUCAUGUUCACGUUAAGGGAAACCUUUUCUCUCAUAAAAAUGUCAAGGUAUUGCAGAAUAUCUAAUGCAUAUUAAAUCAGACUUCUACUAAAUAUCACCAACAAUUUAUGUGAUUAUAUUUUCUAUAUAUGUUUUUAAUUUAUUUUAAUUUUUUUACACUUUUCCUCUAUCUAUCUAGAAAAGGAGAAUCCACUACAUUCAAAGCUCACACAGGAACUGUUCGCAGUGUUAGUUUCUCAGGGGAUGGACAAUCUUUGGUCACUGCUUCUGAUGACAAAACUGUGAAGGUGUGGACAGUCCACAGACAAAAAUUCUUAUUCUCACUGAAUCAGCACAUAAACUGGGUGCGCUGUGCAAGGUAUGUGUGGUUAUUUGUUUACGGUCUGACCUCAAAUAGGUUUGAAUCGAAAUUGUUUCAUUAUUGAGUAAAUGUCUUCAAAACAAGUUUGUUGAAUUGUUAAAAAAGAGAUCCUGGCUGGAUUGCUUUAACCUCCCCCCUUACUACUUUUUCUUUCUAAUGCACUGUAGAGAAAACCUGGUUUAAAAAAAUAAAAAUAAAUAAAGUUUAUAGCAUAUGUGGUUCGGCACUUGUAUGAAGAGAAGUGACAAUUCCUUGUUACUUCAUUUUAGUAAUCACCAUUACUGUGUUUACUGGUGUGAAUAGAGUAGCAGAGGUAAGCUUAAACCAAAAAAAACUGCGCUCUGCUACACAUGAUGCUAUAGCAUGCACAUAAGCACUCUGAAUACUCUCUUACUGUGUUGUACUUUUGCAUUCCUUAUACGUACAGCACUGCAAGACCUAAUUAUUUACAUGCUUUGCCUGGCCUUGGUAAUUUAAAAAAAAAAAAAACUUUUAGUACACACAAUAUCUAUUUCUUUCUUUUUUUUUUUUUUUCUCCCAAUUUUAUUGUGCUGAAAGUGAAGAAAUGACAGUUCCUCUUUAAUAUGAAAAGCUAGUAAAGCAAUGAUUAAGAAUCACACAAUGUGAGUAAUGUCUGAGUGCCAAUUCAUUUUAAGCAGCAAGUAUUUGUGAGCCCACAAUUUGUGUGCAAUUUGAAAACCAUAUUUAAAAAAAAGCAUUGCUUUCUAGGUGCUUGCCCCCUUGCUAGCAAGGAGGUAGUAUUGCAUUUUGUCUGUCCAUCUCUGCACACGAGUGAAUGACUGAGGGUGCUGGACCAGCUCACCCUUUCUGAUCCCAGCUUUUCUCCACAAAGUUGGAUGGGAUAAUGUGAUUCACUUUUGUGUUCAUUAAGAGCUUGUGCUGCUAGUGAAAAUGCACUGGUUUCUGUGAAAGCACUCACACAGUUGGAUAGACAUUUGAGGACUGAACAAAGAAAGUUACCUGCGCUCUUUCCACAUCCCUAUGUAUUUUUAAACAAAUGGAGGUUUUUAGUUACCUCCAAUGGCCAUGAGAGGGUAUGCCCACCUGCCACAUCAAGGCAGACCUCUUAGGUGGGUCCUAACGCUAACCAUUUGCCUUGCUUCCUUGAGCUUCUGACAAAAAUAUCUCUGAGACAGAAAGGGGUAUUUUUUUAUAUACAUCCCUACAUGCUUAUUAACCCUUAAUAGGGAACACAUGGGAUGGGCAGCAGCAUUGCAACAUAGCUGUGUGAUACAAAAGUGAAUACAAAUACAAAGAAACUAGUCCUGCACUCAAACUCCCAUUACUCCUGGGCGGCAGCAACGACCAUAGUACACAUCAGCCAAAAUACAUAUAGUAAAAACCAAAAAAAAAAAAGUUACCUGCACUCUUUCCACAUCUCUAUGUAUUUUUAAACAAAUGGAGGUUUUUAGUUACCCUCUCAUGGCCAUUGGAGGUAACUAAAAACCUCAAUUUGUUUAAAAAUACAUAAGGAUGUGGAAAGAGCGCAGGUAACUUUUUAUUUAUUUAUUUUUUACGAUUUUUUAUUUUUUUGGCUGAUGUGUCAUUGCUGCCGCCCAGGAGUUUGAGCGCAGGACUAGUUUCUUUGUAUUUGAGGAAUGAUGUCAACAGACUCUUUGCACCUUAAUCACUAUAAUGAUAUGUAGUGGUUGUGGUGCUCAUUGUCCUUCUAAAGGGACACUUUAGUCACCAGAACAACUACAGCUUAAUGAAUUUGUUCCGGUGUCUACAGUCUGUCCCUGCUAUGCUUUUCAAUGGAAAUGCUGCCUUUACACAAUUCAGUUAUGUUUCCAACUAUUUUGAUCCCAAAUUUGCCAUUUCCUUUUAGUGAAAACCUUCAAAAAGCGUUUUACCACAAAGGAUGUAUUGAGAUUCCAACUGUACUGUUAUGUAGUUGUUUCUGCUACAAUAUUGGUUCUCCUUUUAUCGACCUCCGCAGGAUGAAAGGUGAUAAUUACUGGUGCACUCAUUUCUGCGUAUUUCCUAAAUAAUUACAGCUGAAUAUUUUGUUUUUAGCAGAUGCUUUUCAGCCCUAAUUAUAUCCUUCCAAAGACAUGGUUCCUGAAAGCUACACUUGUAAGUGCAGCUGUUGAAAAGAUAGGAAUUAACAGUGUAGGAAUUUUUGAGACUCUACAAUUAAUUUAGCAUUUUGUUUGGUUGAAAUUAAAAACACAACUUGUACAAUUUGCAAAAGUGUAAAAAAAAAAAAAAAAGGUCAUUGUCUGAACAUGUGAAAUGGCAAGUUUUUAAAUAUUAUGCGUCAUGUGAACGACAUUGAAUUUGGCCCUGUUAGAGUAGAGCACAGUGUUAUGACUGCACCUUUAACCUGUGUCACCUUUAUUCUAACACAAUCGCUACCAACUUCUGUCGUCAUUGCAGUAACAAGUACAGCCGUGUUUCUUAUUCUGUUUUGAUGAAUUAUCUUAAUAUAAAAUAGCAUAAAUUACCUGUCAAUUAAGUCAUAAAAUACCUUUUGGAUCAUUCAAGUUGAAAUAGCACAUUCUGACAAAAGCUCUAUUAUGGUGCUAAUAUUCAGUCGGUCAUAACUUUACAUGAAGUCAAACCGUUAGUUUGCAUCCGUGAGUAUAAUUUUAUCGUACAAUAAAACCUAGGAGGGUGUGUUAAGUUUGCAUCAUUUUUGGCGAUAUUAUUUUGUUUUUAUGUUUAUACUUUAAAUAAUAUAUAUUGACCAUUGUUUUUGUGGAUAGGUUUUCACCUGAUGGAAGGCUUAUAGUGUCUGCUAGUGAUGACAAGACAAUCAAACUGUGGGACAAAACAAGCAGAGAAUGCAUACAUUCAUUCUGUGAGCACGGUGGGUAAGUAAAGAUUUAUUUAUUUUUGUUUUAUUUGGUGGAAUGGAUAUUUUUUUUCUUCUUACGAUGAGAUAAAAGGGUUAUUCAUCCAAAGGGAAAAAAACAUUUGUAGUGUACAAUUUAAACAAAUGUAAAAAAUACACACACAUUCUCACAUUCUAUACAGAUUAAAACACAAUUACUAAACAUUGCAAUACCUUCAAAGCCCACAAAAUAUAAAUGGGUUUUGCCAGGAAAACAUAAUGGGGAUUUAGUUAGUGUAUGAUUAUACACUGUACCCUAUUUUUUGCAAAACCUACUCUAAUAAUUUAGUGCAUGUUCUUAUGAUUACUUCGGAAAUGUAUUCUCCUGAGGUUCCCUGCAGUGCAAUGUUUAGUAGGGUCUUGGAGUUGGGCCUUUUUAUGCCUCCCCACUUCCUUUCUGAUGACUACUUUUAUAUUUUUUUUUUGCACCUCAAAUGUACAGAUAUCACUAUAUUUUUAUAUCACCAGUCAUAUUCCUUAAGCUUCCAGAGCUAUCAAAUAUCUAUUAAAACUAAAUUAUUUCUAAUACAUGUCUUGACACCGGUUACAAUGCCCUUUUAUCUGUUUGUGAAUAUUUCUGUGCACAGUGAGUAUCAUCAUUUUAGAUUGUAAAAUUCUUUUGGAAAGGGAUCUCCUGCUCGUUUGGAGUCAGUGUUUUAAUUAUGUGCAGAUUGUGCCUCUGCAUGGUCUCUUGUCUCGUUUAAUAAAUGUAGGUUGGAUAGAACUGCUGGAUAUAUUGACACUGUGAUAUAUUUAUAUAAGUUAUAUUCUAUCUUGGCGCUUGUGUUUUUUAGGUUUGUUAAUUAUGCCGACUUUCAUCCGAGUGGCACUUGCAUAGCUGCUGCAGCAACAGACAAUACUGUGAAAGUGUGGGAUAUCCGUAUGAACAAGCUGAUCCAGCACUACCAAGGUAAGUUCUCUUCAGUAAGGUUGACUUAAAAUGUACCCCUUUGAAUCUUACUUGUAGGAUUAACUGGACGUUUCUCUACAAAUUUCUGAAAAUGUUUACCUGAUUGAUAACGGUAAAUGGUAACCAUUUUGUGUUCUAUGCAUAGCCAUUUCCGUUUAUGCUGCUAGCUGUUUGAUGAAGGCUAGUAGAUCCAGGAAGCUUCAUAAAGAGUGUAAGGGGAAACAUAGGUUUAAGUUCUGCAGAAGUGAGUGAAAAAUCAUUGUCACAAAAGGCAAUAGAUGGCAUAAGCUUUUGUGAGGUAAAAUAAUUAAAGGGCUACUUCAGGCAUUGUUACCUUACCACUUCAGUGAUGUGAUGUGCCUGGAGUCUGCGUAUGCAGCAGUUCACUGGGAAACGCGACACAUACCAAUUUUAACUCCUUUGAUGCCAGGGGUGUAACGGCAGCCUCAAAGAGAGGCCUUAUGCCAGCCAAGAACAGCAGUACAGAUAAUGUAUGUAAUUUUUUUAAUGUAUUUAUUUUGCAGUGCAUAGCGGCGUGGUAAAUGCACUUUCUUUUCAUCCGUCUGGGAAUUAUCUCCUCACAUCAUCAAAUGAUUCAACACUAAAGAUUCUUGAUUUACUGGAAGGUCGGUUACUGUAUACUCUUCAUGGCCAUCAGGUGAGGAAUAAUUUGCAUUAGAAUGCUUUUGUUUCUUUUCUUCAUGGAAAAAUGGUAACCAGUUACAGAAUUUUUCUCGAAGUCUGGAAACAUGGGAAACUGACCAAGGAAUUUCACAUCAUAGUACAGUAUAGCCUACAUGGAAAAAUUCACAAACUGUACUUUUAUUUCCUCUUCUGUCCCGUCCUGGUCAAUUGCUAACAAUUCCCAGUUUACUGAAUAACCAUGAUAGUAGGCAUAGAACUAAUUUUGGUUGUAUAAGUGGUUGCAUAUUAAGUUCUUACUUUAUUUCUUACCUGUUCCGGGAUUCCAUCAUUUCUUUCAUCUUAACCCUUUCUUUGCAAAAGGUUUGGAAAAAUCCGCUGUGAUGGUUAUGGCGACCGCAUACUCUUGGUACUGCCUCUUAGUUCUGUCAAACUGUUUUAGUUGCUUAACAUUCACUAUGGGUCCCCUGAACACCUGUGACCCAGCUCUUUGCCUUGCAUGUUGCUUUUGCUAAAGUUAAAUAUCCAUUCCAAUCAUAUUUAAAUGGCAUAUUAUGCUUAGAGCCCAAGUGUCAAAUCGGUCAGAUUUUUUCACAUAGAAGCGUGGGACGGCACCAGAGUCAUGCUAGUUCGCGUAGUUAUGGUGUCUUGAGCAUUGAGUGUAAGUAAUGUUGCUCCUUCCUACAUGUUUUGUUUGUACUGGUCUUCUGAGCGGGGUUAAUAAAAUCCAAGAUGCUAAUUAGCAUCUUGUUGCUUUCUACAGGAGAAUACUGACCUUUACUCACUGAAAUCCCUGCUGUGAAUACUAUGUAUAUGUUUAUGCUAUUAAGUGUCCUAUUUGUUUACCUGAGUUACUACCUGAUUUGGUGUGAGCUUACUGUUGACGCUAAAAAUGCAGAAAUUAUAAAAAAGGGUAACGUACACUGAUCAGCCACAACAUUAAAACCACCUGGCUAAUAUCGUGUAGGUUGGACCAAUCUGCAGCUACAAAGUCCCAAACUGUGAUAUACUGCGUGUUCUGACACCUUUCUGCCAGCAUUGAGUAUUUCAGCAAUUUGAGCUACAGUAGCUCUUCUGUGUGAUUGGGCUACACAUGCAAGCCUUCGCUCCCCAUGAGCAUCAAUGAGCCUUGGGAUCCCAAUGCCGGAUCACCGGUUGUCCUUCCUUAUACCUCUUUUGGUAGGCACUAACCACUGCAUACCAGGGAAAACACCACACGACUUGUGUUUUUUAUAGAUGCUCUUAACCAAUCUUCUAGCCAUCACUAUUUUGCCCUUGUCAAAGUCACUUGGAUCUUUUCUCCUGCCCAUUUCCUUGCUUUCAACAUAUGACAUUCAAGAACUGACUGUUCACUUGUUGCUGAAUAUAUCCUACCUCAUUGACAGGUGUCAGUGUAUAAUCAAUGUUAUUUACUUCACAUGUCAGUGGUUUUAAUGGUGUGUGUGUGUGUGUGUGUGUGUGUGUGUGUGUUUAGAUAGAUAUAUAGAUCUAUCUAUAUACUAGGAUACUAUGGUUAUGUCUUCUGAACCUUUUAUUUUGAUUGUAUUCUUUUUCCCAUCAUAUGCAGUUUACUGUUGUGUAUCCUCUCUAUAUAUGUGUGCAUGCAUAUCAGUUUACACUCUGUAGAACGCUUUUCUGUUCUCAGAGAUUUCUAGAACACAGCCUUCCUCUCCACGGAUCCAUUUUUGUGUAAUUACGCCCACACAUUGUACACUACAGAUGGUGAAAGCAUAUUGCAGGGAAGUGAGACACUAUGAAAAACAUAUGGAGAUAUGUACAGUGUACCAUGUACACUGCGAAUUAAAAAUCCAUAUUACAAAAAAGGCUGCAAAAUGCAGGCUACAUUAGCCAAGCUGUGACUAUAGUGGGAUAUAUAUAAAUGCAAAAUAAAUAAAUAAAUAUAUAUAUAUAUAAUUAUUUAUUUAUUUUUUUGCAUUUUAAUUUGCUGCUUUUUCAGAGUUUAGUGAAUAGGUCUGUAUGACUCUGAACUAUGACUUUAUUUGAAAUAUUUUUAUUUAUUUUGAAACUAGCUUUUCUUACUCUAAUUUUACUGUACCCUCAAAUUAACGUUUUUUUUCAAGCAGAUUAUUAUAACUUGGUUAAGUAAAAAUAUUGAGCUGUAUUUUAAUCUCUUGAAGAUGUAACUAGAUUUCAUCUUGGUAACCGCAUCAAAAUUUUGAAACGUGUAGAAGAAUAAAAAAUAUAGUGUGAAUAGUCAUAUAAAUCUAAAUUGGAUUUAAAAAUGUGCCAACGGUUGGUAUGUUUUCACUAUUUUGGUGGUUUUGACUUUGAUUUAAAAUUUACCUUGAAUUCAUGACAGUUCACACUUUAGAAAAUAACCCUGGUAAAAUAAAUACACAAUGGGUAGAGGUGUGCACCUCUGUACCCAACUGAACAGCAGGAAUUCUCCAAAAAUGCUAGCACCUCACCAGUUACUCCCAGUAAAGCCGAUCAGCUCCCAGAGUUCCCUGUACAGAGAAGAGGAAGUGCCUGGUGAUAUUUAUUUAUGAUGUAGUCGUGGGAGUGCUCAUUUUGCGGAAUAUAACAGUGUUGUAUAUUAUUGUAACGAGGUUUGGUGGGCAAUUAUAGUUCUUAUUCUGUGUUUUAUUUGUUUGUUUUCUUUUAUAGGGUGCAGUUACCUGUGCCAGAUUUUCGACAGAAGGAGACUUCUUUGCGUCUGGGGGAUCUGAUGAACAAGUGAGUUCAGUUAUCACAUUGCUGAGCUAUCUGUAAAGAUCAGUUGUUAUCGAAGUUACUGCUUUGUCAUUAUGUGGACGACAUGCUAAGAACUUGGGUAGUGAUGUUCAAGCAAAAGGAUGUAUAAAGAAAAGAAGAAAAAUAAACCUCAAGGUUGAGCCCGUUGUUUUGGAUUUCUUGGGUGAAGAGUGUCUAGAUGACCUUGAUUUGAGUGACUAAUUAUACCUGGGUUUAUAUGGAAUAGCUACCACUUCUUCAUCCAUCAUGCUAUUCACUCAGUUGUCGUGAGCUGUACUGCGAUUUAAGUCGCAUACAGUUUGACUUUCUUUCUGUGUCUGUGUGAACAAAUCCCAGGAAACCAAUUUGCUGUACAUUUAUAAACACCCUUGCUGAAUUCCAUACACUUGUCAAAGGAGACACUCUGUGCAUUAUAUCCACAACAUAUUAUUAUAGUGGUCAUUUAGCAAUAAGAUGUUAGAUGCCUUUCCUCUAGUUUCGUAAAACAGUUUUUGAGUAGUUUGACAAAAAGUAUGCUCCUCUAGAAUCCCCACUGCAGGGCAUAAGCCAGGAGAACCAACAGAAGAUCGAAGAGCUUCUGGCUCUCUCAAGGCUGUAGUUGAGGCGGGGACGCCUGGCAGAUUCUAGGUAAAGGGUCAAACCCUAUUAAAAUGGUUUGACUACUUAUAUUGAGGAAGUUAGGCCACACUUGGUGUCAUAACCACUCCAGCACACUUUGGUGGUUUAUAUACCUUGCAAUGUUGCUUUGAAAAAACAUUAGCCAGAGGGGAUUUCUAAAAUACAUUUUUAUGGACUGCAAUAGGUUAGAGUACAGUGGAAAGUUCUCAUCGGGGUCACUUUCCACAUCCUUAGUUCUCCCAUCAUACAAUCACAACUUUAUUUAUUUUCUUGUAUAUCUAUUACAUGUGCCAGGUUUUAAUAUACUUCUAAUGAACUUUGCAAGGAAUGAACAAAUCUCUUUAUUCUUCAAGUACAUUGGUGUUGUGUCUUGUGUUUUAGAGAUUAGAUAGUUAUGGGACAUUUUGUGGUUGGUUAAUAUCAAUCAUUGUUAAGGAGAGUGGUAUCUGGUUGAAAGUUUAGUACUGUUGUCCUUGGGCCUAGUGCUGUAGAACAUCUCAGACUUACCGUCUUAAAUGUAUGUGCUAUUGUCAAUAUGCUACAUACAACUACACACUUUCUAACAAGCUCAAGCAUAUAUUACUUACUGGAAAAUGCUUGCUGAGUUUUUUUCUGAGAAUGCUAAGCCACUUCCUGGUUUUAUAUUCAAACUUCUUUUUAUGCUUUUUUGUAAAAAUGUCUUCUUUUCUAUAUGAGUGACUUGUCCACAAAACAUGUGGAUGAACAGGUAAUCUUGCUUUACAAAUCUAUAACUGCUAAUUGUGCAGAUAAAAGGUAACUUUUUUUUUUAAUGUAUUUUUUCCCUUUGGUUUUUACUAUAUGUAUUGGAGCUGAUGUGUACUGUGGUCGUUUCUGCCGCCCAGGAGUGAUGGGAGUGAGCGCAGGACUUUUUUCUUGUAUUUAAAUCUAAAGACCGUUGUGGUUUCAUGAAGAUUGACUCACGUGUCAGUCGACAAUGUUAGAAUUUUUUUUUUUAAUAUAUUCUUUUGCUUUUAUUUGCUUUUAUAAGGAUGUUUUAACAUUAAAGCCAACAAAAUAUCUAGUUAUAGGAUAUUUGUGCAUAAUUGUAUAUCCUGUAUAAUGUGGUGUUUGCUUUGUUAUACAUAGGUAAUGGUUUGGAAAACAAAUUUUGACUCUGCCAGUUACACUGAUGUGAUUGCACAUAAACAACGGACGUUUGCUAACGAGACACAUUUCAAACCAUCUGGCCAACUAAAAGACUUCCAUCAAUCCGUUGCAAAUGAACAAAUUGAUGAGGUUGUAUUCUCUAUUCUAUAUUUACUGGUUUUGAUGCUUUGAUAUAUGUUUGAUAAAUUAAAAUGGUUUCCGUGUGCCAAUUGUGUAGUUUUUAUAAUUGUACUAAUUUAUUAAAUUGCAUCUCAUUUAGUAGAAUAUAUUAUAUUUUCCGAUAUGUGAGGGGAUAUAUGUACAGAUGUACAGUGAGCUGUAUAUUCAAUAUAAUCCAUAUUCAACAGGUGGGUAUACUGCGGUUAGAAUGAAUCCACUGUACCACUUGUCAUGUGUAGGAUAAUCUAGUAACCCAUGUGGAUAGGAUAAUUAUGCUGAAUUCUCCCUUAUGUUCUUUAACAUCAUGCCAUGUAGUAUCUGAUACACUUUUUGCCUUGCAGUAAUUUAGCACUAGCCCCUAAACUGGCCAUUCCAAUGCAAGCUUAUAAAAAAAAAAAAGACACCACCAGCAGUUGUAGAAUUACACCAGGGGUCCUCAAACUUUUUAAACAGGGGGCCAGUUCACGGUCCCUCAGACACUGUUGGGGGCUGGACUAUAAAAAAAUCUUAUGCACGUUGCGCAUGCAUGCAUGCAUGCAUAAACUGACACAGACAUACACAUGCAUACCUAUAUACGGACAGACACAUACAUAGAUACACAUAGCUAAUUUUGCUUAACUUUUUUUUUUUUUUUUUUUUAUGAAGGUGGCUGGGGAUGAUGGGAGUCGGCCUGGCUCUCUUCCCUUCCGGGCGAAGGGAACUGGGAGGAAGUGGCCACCGGCCGUCACUUCCUCCCAGCACUACAUCGAGGCAGAAUUUUUUUUUUUUUAAAGGGGUCUGGUCGCGCUAUUGCACGUACAAAGCGCUGACCGGGCCCCUGAAGAUAUAAGGCCUGGCGGGCCGUAGUUUGAGAACCCCUGAACUACACAAUCAGUUUAUACUUUUCAAGCAACCUGGUGGUGUUAAUUCCUUAACACUGGGGUGGGGUCCUUCUUGAGUUUCAUAGUGUAUACACCAUGAUGGAAUCACAACUUUGGCCUCAGUAAUAAAAUUUUAGGAGAUCAGUACUAUUCAGUACUGUGUAUAAAGAAAACAAAAUAAUGAGUUAAAAAAAAAAAAGAUAUAUUUAAACAAAUUAAUGGACAUGGUUGGUGUGUGUGUGUGUGUGUAUGUUUGUUUUCCAAUUUAUUCAGUAUUUCCCUGUACAUUUAUUAUCCCAACUUUACUGUAUUUCCCAUGAAAAUAGUCUUGUCCGUAUAUAACUGUACCUUCAGCUUUUUUUUUGUGCUGAUUUACAGAUAAAAAUACAAUAUAUGAGCGUUAGAGAAUUCUAAUAUGACAUAAUAUUUAUGAAGAUAUUAAUUAUAACUUAUUAUGCUCAGUCAACUUCAUGGGUAGAUUUGGCACUACAACCAUUUCUUAUCUUUGAAUUGUAUUUAGUCAAUGGAGUCACCUGGUACUGUCCCUCCAUUCAUUGUUAAACAGUGUUUGAGCAGUUGGAACAUGGAUGAGGGUCUGUGGCCACUCAGUCUGACACCUAUGGAGGCAUGGCGAAGACAGAGAUUACAUUCAUCCUUAAUAUUCAUACCAAAAAUGGGUGGCUGUGAUAGGCUGAAAGCGGUCAGCUGGCACUCUCAGCCAGUCACCAUUUGCUACUACAUAUUCAUUUUUCCUCGUAAUCCCAAGCACAACACAUUGGGUGGGCUGCUGGGGACUCUUGUUAAUGUUGAGCCAUUCAAAGCUUUUUAACACUAAAUAGACGAUUUGGGCACAGCAGACACUAUAACCACUUCAAUGAGAUGAGUCCGGUACAUUGUCCCUUUAAAGCAUGUCUCAGUCAUCAUUAAACUUCAAGUUUCCAGCCAGCAUGUAUAGUCCUUUAAAAAAAAAAAAAAAAAAGCUGAUUUUUAAAAUAGUUUAGAAAACAAACAUCUCUAAAAUUUUGUAUUAAAUCAUGUUUUACUGAAAUUACAAUGAAUGUGUACCCAUCAGCCUGCAGAAAUGGAUCCUGUCAGUACACCUGUCCACGUCAAACAAAUGAAUCCUACAUUAAAGCUGUAUCCCACUGAGCAGCAGGAAUCCCCAGAAAAUGCAGCCAAUCUACACAAUGUGGCAAACACACUGGAGCAUAUAGUAGGGCAGCUGGAUGUCCUUACUCAGGUGAGAAUCACAUAAAGUGCUGAAACUUAUAAUAACCUCUGAUGAAAUAAUUGGAGUUUUUAAUCUGUAUAGUUGCAGUGUUUAUAGUAACACAAUAUGCUUAAUAAUUUUGAUUAUUCGGUUAGUUGUUGCCAAUCUGUUAAAACAAGUGAUAUAUAUUUUUAUUUUAUUUUAUUAUUUUUUUUUUUUUUAAGAUAAUGUUAUUUGUAAAAAUGUAACAGUGUGAAACAAAGUGGCCUCAAUAAUUGACUUACAUCUAGUUUGCAUGAAAUGUUCUAAACAAACAAAAAAAACAACUUUUUGUGAGAUCUCACUUAAAAUUUAAAUGGCUGCUGCAAUUAAUUGAACCCUCUAGGAUGGGCAUACCAUAUGUGUUUUAUUAAUCUAAUGCUGUAAAAAAUAACAUGCAUGCCUUUUUAUGAACCUGAUACUGGAUUCCACAAAAAUCUUGUCUGCCUUCUCUGAUUCUCAUUUAAACUAUGAGCUGGCUGGGAUUUUUCAAGGAAUCAGAUGGCAAUAACAUAAGCCAACUGUAAUGUGUGUUUGUAGCAAUUUUGCUUGUGAUCGUUGAAAAUUAUGUGAAAUUUUUUUUUUAAAUCAAAUUUAUAUAUUCUUGUAUAUGGUUUGUCCUGUUAUUAAUGUCUAGCACUAUUUUGAAAAAUAGCUGAUGUAAUGUGCUAAUCAUACCAACAUGAUUGAUUGCUUCGUUUCCAUGCUGCUUGUAAAGAUACAUCAGCUUGAUCUUGUUAAGUAUUAAUGAUUAGGUAGGACAUCUGUAGCCAUUGUGGGCCUGUCGUGGGCAGAUUUUAGAGAGAUCUUAUAUUAAUAUGGACCUGUCACCUGCAAACAUGUAGAUGACUGUCUGCAUCAAGAAAUCACAAAAUGUAGAUGUUUGUUCACCAAAUGAUGACAAAUGGAAAACCACCUCACAAAAAUAACUUAUUUGGAAAGAAUUCACUAAUACAGCUUGUCUAUUUUAUAGAAACAUAGAAUGUGACGGCAGAUAAGAACCAUUCGGCCCAUCUAGUCUGCCCAUUUUACUAAAUACUUUCAUUAGUCCCUAGUCUUAUCUUAUAGUUAGGAUAGCCUUAUGCCUAUCCCACGCAUACUUAAACUCCUUUACUGUGUUAACCUCUACCACUUCAGCUGGAAGGCUUUUCCAUGCAUCCACUACCCUCUCAGUAAAGUAAUACUUCCUGAUAUUAUUUUUAAACCUUUGCCCCUCUAAUUUAAGACUAUGUCCUCUUGUUGUGGUAGUUUUUCUUCUUUUAAAUAUAGUCUCCUCCUUUAAUGUGUUGAUUCACUUAAUGUAUUUAAAUGUUUCUAUCAUAUAUCCCCUGUCUCGUCUUUCCUCCAAGCUAUACAUGUUAAGAUCCUUUAACCUUUCCUGGUAAGUUUUAUCCCGCAAUCCAUGAACCAGUUUAGUGGCCCUUCUCUGAACCCUCUCUAAGUUAUCAAUAUCCUUCUAAAGAUACGGUCUCCAGUACUGUGUACAAUACUCCAAGUGAGGUCUCACCAGUGUUCUGUACAAUGGCAUUAGCACUUCCCUCUUUCUACUGCUAAUACCUCUCCCUAUACAACCAAGCAUUCUGCUAGCAUUUCCUGCUGCUCUAUUACAUUGUCUGCCUGCCUUUAAGUCAUCAGAAAUAAUCACCCCUAAAUCCCUUUCCUCAUAUGUUGAGGUUAGGACUCUCAAAUAUUCUGUACUCUGCCCUUGGGUUUUUACGUCCAAGAUGCAUUAUCUUGCACUUAUCCACAUUAAAUGUCAGUUGUCACAAUUCUGACCAUUUUUCUAGUUUACCUAAAUCAUUUGUCAUUUGGCUUAUCCCUCCUGGAACAUCAACCCUGUUACAUAUCUUAGUAUCAUCAGCAAAAAGACAUACCUUACCAUCAAGACCUUCUGUAAUAUCACUAAUAAAAAAUAUUAAAGAGAAUGGGUCCAAGUACAGAUCCCUGAGGUACCCCACUGGUGACAAGUCCAAGCUUCGAAUAUAUUCCAUUAACUACAACCCUCUGUUGCCUGUCACUCAGCCACUGCCUUACCCAUUCAACAAUAGUGAUGUCCCGAACGGUUCGCCGCGGACUCAUCAUUGAGUAAACUUUGACCCUGUACCUCAGUCAGCAGACACAUUCCAGCCAAUCAGCAGCAGACCCUCCCUUCCAGACCCUCCCGCCUCCUGGACAGCUCACUAACAAUGCAGCUUCAAAAUGGAUGCUGUCCAGAAGGAGGGAGGGUCUGCUGCUGAUUGGCUGGAAUGUGUCUGCUGACUGUGAGGUACAGGGUCAAAGUUUACUCAAUGAUGAGUCCGCAGCGAACCGUUCGGGACAUCACUAUUCAACAAUAUUGGAAUCCAAACUUUGCAGUUUAUUGCAAAAGAUUGCAGUUUAUUGAUAAGCCUUCUAUGUGCAACAGUGUCAAAAGCCUUACUGAAAUCUAGGUAAGCAAAGUCUACUGCACCACCCUGAUCUAUAAUUUUAGUUACCCAAUCAAAAAAAUCAAUAAGAUUAGUUUGGCAUGAUCUCCCUGAAGUAAACCCAUGUUGUCUCUGAUCUUGAAAUCCAUGUGUUUUUAGAUGUUCAACAAUCCUAUCCUUUAACAUGGUUUCCAUUACUUUCCCCACUACUGAAGUAAUGCUUACUGGCCUAUAGUUGCCCGACUCCUCCCUAUUACCUUUCUUGUAAAUGGGCACAACAUUCGCUAACUUCCAAUCUUCUGGGACUACUCCUGUUAACAAUGAUUGGUUAACUAAAUCUGUCAAUGGUUUUGCUAGUACACCACUAAGCUUGUUUUUAAUAGCUUUGGGUGUAUUCCAUCAGGUCCCAUUGACUUGACUUAUUUGUCUUUGCUUUUGAAAGUUGAAAUAGAAUCUCUUCCUCUGUAAACUCACGUGUAAUAAAUGACUCAUUUAUCCUUUUUCUCAACUGAGGUCCCUUGCCUUCAUUUUCAUCUGUAAAUACAGAACAAAAAUAUUAAUUGAGGCAGUCAGCUAGACCUUUAUCCUCUUCUACAUACCUACCUUCCUUUUGUUUUUAAUCUAACUAAUCCUUGUUUUACUUUUCUUUUCUCAUUUAUGGAUCUAAAAAAUGUUUUGUCCCCCUUUAUUACUGACUAUUUUCUCUUCUGUGUGAGAUUUGGAAGCUCUUAUAACUUGCUUAGCCCCUUUCUGCCUAAUCUCACAUAUCAUUUUGUCUUCCUCACUCUGGGAUUUUUUUAUAAUUCCUAAAUGCUAACUUUUUGUUUUUAACUAUUUUGGCCAAAUCUGCAGAGUACCACAGUGGUUUCUUGAAUUUUUUGCUUUUACUGACCAGCCUAAUGCAAUUUUAUGUUGCCUUCAAUAGUGCAACUUUUAAAUAAUCCAAUUUCUCUUGGACUCCAUUUAAAUUGCUCCAGUCUGAUAAUGACUCAUUUUUUGCAAAUAGGUUUUUAGUUCACUACAAUUUUUGGUGUUUAGUGAACAAAAUUCUAAAGUGCUUUGAAUUAAAUAUCAUACUUCUUUUAAAGUUUUUAAUUUUGAGUCUUUUAUGUGGGUUGAGUGUACACCCAUAAUUUCCAAACACUGCAUCCCACAAUGCCUAGCAUAUGACCGCACCCUAAGAAUUAUGGGAGAGCAUUAAUGCACAUGCCCAGUCAUGCAGUUUGUGGUUGAACGCUUUGCCAAAGUUACAUGCUAAAGUUCAAAUUGUAAAAAUUAUACAUUUAUCUUUUAAUAGGGAUUUAGCUGCUAUCAUUAUAUACUGCUCAAACCUAUGUGUAUAAGCUGCUACCCUAUCAUUAGCUUGACAUUUGUGCUAUAACAUAUUGAGCUUCACUCACAGCAGUAUAGUACGAGAGUUUGUCCGUUAUUGAAGUUGGUUGUUUUAAAGUUUGGAGACUGAAAUUUUUUAUUUUUUUUUAUAUAUAUUCCACAUAUUAGCAGCUGUAUAAAUCUAAAUACUGAUUCUUAAUCUAGCUUUUCAUGUAUUAAACAGAACUAUAUGUUAUGGUUCUAAACCACUGGUUUCCUUGCUAAAGUUAAUUAAUGCUUUGUGGUUUGGUUUUGAAAAAGAAAAAAAAAAAUUGUGCUUUGUUUUUUUUCCUUUCAGACUGUAGCUAUUUUGGAGCAGAGACUUUCUUUGACAGAAGACAAAGUGAGGGAGUGUAUUUCAAAAAAGCAAGUUACGUUUCCAUUUGUGGACUGUGAUUCACAGAAGUCUUAAUUUCAACUGUGUAAUAUAUUUUUUAUUUUUUAAUAGUGUUGUAUUGCUGUAUAUUUAAAAGAAAUAAUAAAAAAACGCAAAUCUUUUUAUUUUUUUAUUUUAAAGGCUAGUUUUUCUCCUUCCCUCUCUUCUAAUUGUGCUUUAGGUAAGAAUAGCCAUAUUGGUAAUUGAUGCUAAGAUAACAAAAUAGUUUUGUACAAGCUCUCGUAAUACUUUUUAAUAUACUAAUGUUAUUUGGUCAGAAUGCUUUUGGGAUUUUGAAAGCUAUUAUUUAGGUCAUUUAAUACCUAAUGGGAGCUUUAUUUGCACUUUACCUGAAGAGUUCCUGCCUUCCUUUAUUUUUGAGUGCAGGGUAAAAGACACAUUUUAUUGAAGAUACAUAAGCAUGAAACAAAAUAACAAGUUAUAGAAAUAGGUAAUCAUAGUAUGCUACACUUCUUUUCUUUUUUUUACAAAAAAAAACAGAUUUACAUUGCUGAAAAUCCACUGAGCUUAAUAGCAUAGAAGAAAAUAUAUAAGACUUUGCGUAACACUACUGCUGUGUUUGAAAUUUUGUGAACCUCCACCCGAUGCCUUCAACCAAUGCAGCACACGGGCAACAGCAAAGCAUCCCUGUCUGUAAGGGGUCAGGAUGGUUAGGCUCCAGAUAGUUGUAAGUGAGUCUUUUCCUGGGUCUCCCACCGGCUCUGGCCCAGAUUGUGCUUUGGGUUAAUGCCUCAUAUCCACCGAUCUCCAGUUUCGUUUUGGAGGGAUGAUAGGUGCGUGGGAACUUCAGAUCAUGGAGAACAGCUAGAGUGUCUGGACGUCGUGGUGGCGUCUGCUCCACGUGGGCCCUUAGCCCAGGGGAGGAACAGAGAGCAGAAGUCUGCUCCGGAGUUGCUUGCACGAUGGGCUCAGGUCUGCAGCUUAAACGGAGCCAAAACUUCUGGCAAACUUUGUCGAACCUGGCCUCACAGCCCUCCACCCAUGCAUUAGUCUCUGGGCUCACCUGGCACAUGAGAAUCUGCGGCUCGGCGGCCAUCUUAAAUGCUUCACAGGACUGGAUUCGUGAGGAACAUAACAGUGGCAGAGAGGUAAUCUUCUCAAUGGAGACCGGGAUAACACCCACUGGUCCAGAGGGGGCUGUAGCGGGGUUGAAAACUGGUCACUUCAGGCUCUGUGGCACUAGCCAGGAGACCAGCCUGCUCCUCCAGCCAGCAAUCCGUAAGCUUCAGUAGGCGAAAAGUCUGGGUGUGCUAUCCACGCAUCCCAGCUGCCGCUGAACUUCUAUGUGUGGGCCUUCAUUGCAGAGGUAAGUCUGGAAAUUGCUCCCAGUCGUUUUUGCCAGCUUUAGUAGAUUGUUACUCAGAUUUUUGCUCAGAUCAGCAGGAGCUGCAGAAAAUGCUUCUGGCCAUGUUAGUGGUCAGUCUUCGUUCCAGAGUUCCUGCCCUCCUAAUAUUUGUCCGAUAGAAGAAAGGAUAUUGCAGAUAUUGUUGAGUUUUGUGUUUUGUUUUUGUUUGUUUUUUUUGUAUUAUGUAAAGAGUAGACAUUCUUUACUAAUUUAUAGUAGUUGGCUUGAGUUUUAUUUUACCGGGGUUUGCUUAGAAAAACAAGCAUCAGUACUAUGUAAAGGGGCACUCUAAGCACCAUAAUCACUAUGGCAUGGUGCAUGGAGUUCCUUGGAGGCAUUCUAUUGUAAAAUUCAGAGAAUUAAAAAAAAAAAAAUAAUAAUAAUAAUAAUUUGACACUUAUUGUGUCACCCAGGCUUCCACAGUGCUUCACAAAUAUUGCCAAAGGGAACGUUUCUACUUCCACAUUAGCAAUAUCAAUUUUAUCUGAAGAUGGACAGACUGUUCUUCCUAAAACAGAAAUGGGGAGUAAUGCUUUAGAGGUAUCUGUGAAGAGCGACAAAACCGCAGACUCCUUGAGUAGAUAGCUAAGUGUCAGACCAUUCAAAAAAACAAAACGUUUUAGUAAUGGGAAACAGCCAGGGACACCUGACAUAACUACUACAGGCUGUAUUGGUUAUGAUGUUUAACAUGCAUCUUUAAAAGAACACUGUAGGCAUCCAGACUACUUCAUGUCAAUGAAGUGGUCUGGGUGCCAUGUGCCUCUCUGUUUUAACCAUGCAGCUGAAAACAUUGCCAUUCUGCUGCUGUUCAUUGUUGGGAGAGAGAAAAAAUAGCAACAAUUGCUAUGGAAACCAGUAGAAUCAACAGGAACAUUCAGUUGGUUUCCCCAAUUUAAGAACCAUAAACCACUAUACUUUUAGCAAGAUUUCUUAAAUCUACUCCAGGCAACAUCUCAGAAUUUCGUUCCUGAACAAACUUAAUCAGUAUGAUUAUCCUGAAAAGUACAUGGACUAUCCUGCAAUACAUGUGCAAUUCAUGGUUUGGUAACCUGCAUCUGUUCAUAAACCUUAGGAAAGCCCAGUGCCACCCAUGGUAUGGAGGGCGAAUUCACAUAUGUGGAAAUGAGUGUCUUGUAUUGCCAAGUCUGACUCACACCAAGUUUACAAAACCUCCCUUAUAUGCUGCUUCCACCCACCAUGCCCCAAUGACCCAGAUCAGUAAACACAAGACCAACCUUUUCACAUGUUCAGACCUGAAUCGUAGCCUUGUUUCAAAUCCUUUAGUGAAGAUCUUGUAUAGUGACAGAUUGGGAGUUUUGUCAGUACUGUCUCAAUGCGGAAAUCACAAAGGUUUAGGCAUUUCUAUAUCAAUAAAACAUGUUGCUUUGUUCACAAUUCGUUUAGUUUGCAAAUUCCCAAGUCUAUCAAAGCUACUGUGUCUUGGCUAACAAGGAGGCCAUGGUUACAGACAAAUGGGGAAAAUUCAAUGUGGUUUAAUCAUGAGCUGGCCCUUCACUGCAGAGUUUAGCUUAGGAGAGCUAAACAGAAGUUUCAUGGAUGAGAUUCCAGCUCUCAAUAGUGGAAGGGACUGGUGUCCAAGUAGCUCCAAGUUGAUUGUCAAACCUUUAGCAAAUGAGUUUACUACUUACAUUGGUGGGGUUAUGUAGUUGAUAUAACUUGUUUGUAAUAUUAGUGCCGAUGUACACUUGUACAGGAACGUUGUUGUUUUUUUGGUAAAUAAAUCUCUACAUUUAAAACAAAAAAAAAUGGAAAAUUAUUUAAGAACUUUUUUUUUUCUUUCUUUCAUUUAUUCAUUUCAAUUAACAUGAACAGAAAGGAGGAUUGGUAAUGAGCUUCUAUCUUUCCUAAAAAUAUCUUGGUUUGGAAUCCUUUACUCAUAUUUGCAUAAUUAUCUGCUCUUAUAAUUUAGCUUUUAAUGUGUGGUGUGUUUUGACAAAACAAUAUAUAAAGUUACUUGCACACUGUCCAAAAUAUAUAUAUGCAAAAUUAAAUAGAGGUAUUUUUCUUGAUACCACUGAAAUGGCCAUAAAAGCUCACCUGCCACCUACACUAACAUGAUCACCUUGCUGCUUUUAGCUAAAAGGCAAAAUGUUUGAGAGAUAAAUGGGUAUUAUUAAAAACAAACUUAUUGCCCAUAUAGAUAAAUCCAUACACCAUAACCUCUACACUGCCCUGUGUAUAUGGUGCUUAGUGUGCCCCAGACAAACCAAUUAACCCCUAAUCGGGUACACCACCUAAGUGGUUUGUCUUCACGUCGCCAAUUGCAGUAAUAUAAAAUCUCUUUUUAAAUGUGAUUUGGGUUAGUGUUCAAGUAGGUUGUUUGGUUUUGUUAUAUGUAUUUGGGGCUGAUGAUUACUAUAGCUGCCACCAUAGAGUAGUAGGAGUUUGAGCGCAGGAAUCCCUUUUCUGUAACGAACAGCUUAGGAAAAAAUAGAAUGCUAUGGCUGAACUGCCUCAUUGCUAAGACUGCCAUUAGUAGCCUACUUUUGGAUCAACGGCAAGUACAGAUGUGAGAAUGGCUGAACUUGAUGGAUGCGUGUCGUUUUUUUCCUUUUUUUUUUCCUUCUUUUUUCAGCUUAUAUAACUAUUGAUCUAUGCAUCUCUGGUAGGCUGCUGGGCUUAGCUCAUUGGCUGACGGCGACCCUCUGACUUGGCCAAUAAACCAGCCGUGCAGUGCUUUACUCAGAAGAGCUAAUGAAAGCUCCUACUUAGGAACCUCCAUCUCUCCAUCGGCAGUAGUGAAGGCAGUGAGCAGCUCCCAGCAGAUAACAAGUAAGAAGUCAAUAACUUCAAAAUCGGGUAGGUAUCGACCGAUUAUCGGUCUUGCCGAUAUCCUGUAUUUUUUAGCAAUAUCGGUAUCAGCCAAUAAAGAUACCGAUAAUGCAGACAAGGGCUGCCAUCAGGGUCCUGGGGGGCCCAGCACACUCUUAAUUACUUUCCCUUCAGCUCCUCUGUCUAACUCUCACGAGUCCCGCGGCCGUCAGAGUGCUGCCACAGGUUACCAUGGCAACACUCCGCACACCACGCUGAAGGGAGCUGCUGGGAAGGUAACUAGGAGUGUUCUGGGGCCCCCCAGGACUGCUGCGGACCCCCAGGGAAUGCCAUAUUCCCCUCCCCCCUACCCAAUUCCCCCCCCUCAGAUAAGAUGCAGGUAGGGGAGGUUAAAACUAAAUGUUAAUAAAAAUGCCCCUCCCCAUUUUAGACACAUUACAUUCCUACACAAACACUCUGCAUUCAUUAUAUAUACACUACACACACUCUGCAUUUACUAUAUACACAUUACACACACACUACACAAACACACACUCUGCAUUCAUUAUAUACACCAUACACAAACACACUCUGCAUUCAUUAUAUACACACACUACAAAAACACAUCCACUGCAUCCACUAAUCAAAUACUCUCACUGCAUCCACUACACACACACACACACACACACACAUAUAUAUUCUUGAAAACAUUCUGACUGGCAUGUAUAUUUUGUGCAUUUAUUUUAAUUAACAAAAUUUUACACAAAAAUAAACUUGUUCAGUUAACAGAUUUGGGUAGAAAUAGUUUUGUUUUUAAAAGGGUAAAUGUACAAAAUAUCAGUAAGUUAUUGGCUAUUGGCCUGAAAGUUCACAGAUUAUCGGUAUCUGCUCUUAAAAAAUCUUUAUCGGUCGAUCCCUAAAAUCGUGAGGGAGGGGGCUCACCAGGCACCAUAACCACUAAAGCAAGUGCUUGUGUUCGGCUAUUUGUAAAAUAAUGGACACAGUACCAAAUAGGUGGUGACUGGAAUUCCCCCUUUAAGUUAAAGCUCAACAUGAUGAAAAGGCUUGCACAACAUUUCCAUAAGUGCACUAUUGGGUAGAUAAUUUAUACAGCUGUAUUCCAUUGUUAAUGUACCACGUAUUUGUGGCACCUGCAUAAUGUACAGGAUUUAAUAUUUCGGUUAUUGUGGGGGUGGGGGGGGAAAUAUAAUCUAGCUUAAAAUUCAGGCUCACAACUGCCCAAAUCUCCUUCCCUCCCUUAAGCGAAAUAAAAGUCUUGAGAGUUUGCACUUUCAUUUUGUCAUCCAAGACAGUGUUGGGUUUUAUGUCCUGUUGAGAGGGGUUGUAUAUAAAGUGUUUUUUGGUAUUAUGUGGAAUUCAAAUGCUGCCAUAGGUAAUCACUUAAUCACAGCUAGGGUCAAGCCGCAACGGCCAUGGUUGUUUUCUUACGGCAGCAUGUGAAUUCUACAUAUUGCUAUCUGAGCUGCCUCCUUUCAGCAUGUGGAAAUAAUUGGCUGUAAAAACAUGGCUCAUUGAGACAAACUAACCAACGUAUAUGUUUCCAGAAUCCUCAGACAUCCAUCAUAGGGAUCGUUUUACCUGAAAUUGCCUGUAGUUACUAUAACCCACUGCUACAAGUGUAAGGACAUGUGCUUGUUAUAUAAAGGUUUCUCAAGUACAGCAGUCAUUAAAUAAUAAAGCGACUACACCCACCUUUUAUUUUUGUUUUAAAAACCACAAAGGUGUUUAUUUAUUUCCCUCUGUGUUUAAAGGCAUACUCCAAGCACCAUAAAUACUUGUGAUUUCAAGUUUGUGCCUUAAGUCUGUAUGUUCAGCUUUGAAAUGCUGCACAUGCAAAUGUUAACUCUUUACAUGUCAGAGGAGUAACCACCUCUGGUAGCUUCAUAAGCUGGUCUUGAACAAGUUCCAGUCUGGCUAAUGUCAAUUCUGGGCAAAAGAGGCACCUGAUGCCAGCACAGAGAGCAUGCUGGCGCUAGCAGCAUGGCAGCCUAGCAGGUUUGCUCUUGUCUUCCCCUCAGUCUGACCUCCCUCCAGGGAGGGGAAUGAUAUCAGCCGAGGAGAACGUGGACUCUGCAAUGGAACGGAGGCAUGAGUUUGUUUUUUAACAUUGGGAGGGGUGGGCCAUCUCAGAAAGGAUUAUGCAAACCAAACCAAUAUUUUUUAGUUUGAAGUAACAUUUAAAGUUACUCCAGGGAACACAUUUUUAAUUUCCUGUAGCAAAUCAAUUUGAAAUGUUGUUAGAGGAAGAAUAAUCUUUGCUUUAUCACUUCUGGGUAGAACACCUACCUUCUUAGGGCAUAGAAUUUAAUAUUCAGUCCUACAAUAUUGCUGGCUGUAGACCAGUUCUUGAUUUUGAAAUCAAUAAUUUCGUUAGACUGGGCCCUGGCUUUGUCUGAUGAGUCCACUUUUCUCCCUUUCGGCACCGGUAUGACUUUCACCACCUGGAAUCUGUAGAACAAAACUACAGUUCUGAAUUUCUCACUGGAAACUGUUACUGCCUCCUUUGAUUAGUGAUCAAUACCUCAAACCUCUGUCAUCAGAAAAGGGAUGAAAUUUGUAAGGAAGAUCUGGAUCAUGACCGUUCUGCUGGCCAAGGUUGCAGAAGAGACUCUAUUAAAAGCAUGGACACUACACAGAUAUUUUAUUUUUUUCUGGCCUAGUAAUAUGCCUUCAGUUUUUUGGAGCCUAAUUUAGCGUAAAAUACUAAAUUUCCUCAGUGCUGCAGACAAUGGGUGCAUGCCUUAGAGGCCCACAAUAUUAAAUGAAAACUUUAGGCACCAUAAUUACUACAGUGCAUUGGCACCUCCCAAGUGUAAGUAAUCAAACCAUUUUAGAAUAGCUUGACGCUUACCUGGCAUUCUCUAAGCAUCAUUCCCCUCCUCUCUUCAGUCUUGGAGAGCUUUAAGCUUUCUGUCUGAGCUACACCUGUUGGUGCAGGGCUUGGCUUAGGAGACCUAAUGGAAGUUCCUCAUAGGACCUUUUUCCUCUCAUGGAGGUUGGACAGCAGCGCCUAGCAGACCCCAGAUAAGAAAUGAAAGCAUUCUAAAAUCAUUUGACAACUAACAUUGGGGGUGCCAGAUGAUUUAAAUAAAAAAAUAAAAAAGAAUAGAGUGAGUAAGAUGAAUCAAGCACAGUACACUCUUGAUCUUUUACUUGUGCAUAAGAGCUUCUCUGGGAAGCUCCCACCAUACCUGAAUAGGAUGCUCUCCCCAACUGUUCCCAUCUCCGACCCAGUACCAGCACGAUAUUUUGCAUACUGCAAUACAAAAAUAGUUGCUCGAUCCUCAUUUUCCUACAGAGCACCCCAACUAUGGAAUAACUUCACUGACACAGUAAAAUCUUCAUUCAAUUUAAAAAAAUAUUUUAAGAUAAUUAUGGCAAUAUACCUCAAUACUCCAUACAGAAUGCACCUGUCAUGGUAGACUAUAUUUAUUACCUAUUAUCUGUUAAAGUUUUGUGUGUGUGUGUGUGUGUGUGUGUGUAUGUAUGUAUGUAUGUAUAUAUAUAUAUAUAUAUAUAUAUAUAUAUAUAUAUAUAUAUAUAUAUAUAUAUAUAUAUAUAUAUAAAAAAAAUUUACUUUUAUUUUUUGUAAUAUUGUACCCUAUUGUAACUAAUGCAGUGUUUUGUGGACCCAGGACAUACUUGAAAAUGAGAGAAAUCUCAAUGUAUCCUUCCUGGUAAGAUAUUUUAUAAAUAAGUGUUACAAUCUUGGUUCUCACAAAUUCUCUAUUACAAGGCAGAUUGUACAAUGGUCCAUACUACUACCCUUAUUUGGCACAUAUGAUCAUUAUUUUUUAGUAAGAGGAUAGCUACAUGAUAAUUCCACUGUAACUAUAAGGGAAACACUAUUCAGAAACCUGAUUCAUUAGAUCAUUUCUAAAUAAACAUUUUCCUGUAGAUGCAGAGUUUGUGUUUUGCGGUUUUGAGAGAUAAGUUCUUGUUUUGCAUUUACUGCUGAUAUUUAAAAAAAAAAAUACGAACUUCCCCUGUUGAAUGAUACCAUAAAUGAAGCAUAAAAGAAAUAAGUACAAUUUAAAUUAUAGUCUUGGUUAUCAUAAAUGCUCUAUUACCACAAGAUUGUUACUAUUAGAACCAGAAAAAAAAUGUAGUUUUGUGUGUUUUGUUUUUACCUGUGUUUUAUUUUUACCUUACCGUAAAUGUGAUGCAUAAUAUCGAGAAAACACAUAUUUAUAUGAUAAUUUCCAAGUAAUCUGACUCAUACUACACAUUUUCCUGUAUAUGCUGUUUGUGUUUCACAAUCGGGAGAGAAGUAAGCUCACAUUUUGCAGUUAAUUCUGACUAAAAUUACUAACUUCCUCCCCCAUGGAGUGAUACCAUAAGGGAAGUACAGCAAGCACGUCUCUUAAUGAGAGAUAACAACAGAUAUUUGAUUACAAGGGGGGGGGGAAAAGAGCUACUUUUAGAUCAUAGAACAAGAAUUAAACAUAUAAAUCAUUGGUCCUACGUUAUACUAAAUGACAACAGCCUAGUUUUGAAACAUACUAAAGGUUGUGCCUACAAAGACAUCAUACAUUUUAAAAGCAGAACUAUUACAUUUAAGAUUUUUGCACAACUUGACAGCUAACUAAAAUUAAGCUAUGGGUUGUGCAAUUUAAAAAUAAAAAAAUAAAAAUGAAUGUGUGUACGUCACUUUGGAAGAAAUGCAUGACCACUCUUGCACAUGUACUGUACUGAGACAUAACUGUUCCAUUUUACAACUGAAAAACCAAAACAAAACAAUAAACAUGUUUAAAACAAACUUAAAUUUAUUCACUUAGCUAGGUGUUAUGGAAAACCGAUAGGACGAAAUAGUCCUAUUUGAUCUAGAAGUUCGCUAUCUGCCCAAUUUUGUUAUUUUAGUCUAAAAUGUACACUUUCUUUGAGUUUGCUGUAAUUACUGAUUUAGUAAGUAAACCACAAUGUUAAUAUUACAGACAUUAACAAUGAGGGCAAAAGAAAAACAAGUCCAUCCACUUAAAACAUUCAGCAAAUAAGUCUACUGACUUACUGUUAGAUCCAGACAUAUUUGGAGACAGACAAGUUUUGUUAUUUCGAGUGUUUACUAAAAUAAAUUCAAGUUACAGUUAAAUAAUGAAUACGGGCUUAAAGUUCAGUUUCUCAGCUUUAAUUUGAUGGUAUUGACAUCCAUAUUGGAGGAAGGGUUUAGAAAUGAUGUCCCCUCUUCUUCAAGGGACCAAAAGUAAUUUGACGAUUAACUCAAAAGCUGUUUCAUGGACAGGCGUUGGCUAUUCCUUCGUUAUUUAUUCAUCAUUUAAGCAGGUAAAGGGUCUGACGUUGAUUCCAGGUGUGGCAUUCACAUUUGGAAGCUGUUGCUGUGAACCCACAAUAUGCAGUCAAAGAAUUUCUCAAUGCAAGUGAAACAGGACAUCCUUAAGCUGCAAAAAUAAAUAAAUCCAUCAGACGGAUAGCAGGAACAUUAGGAGUGUACAAAUGUACAGUUUGAUAUAUUCUCAAAACAAAAUAACACACUUGUGAGCUCUGCAACACAAAAAGAUUUAGAUGUCCACAGACAACAACAGUGAUGGGUUGAUCGUAGGAUCCUUUCCAUGGUAAAGGAAAAAAGUUUCACAACAUCGAACCCUCUCCAGGAUGUAGGCAUAUCAUUAUCCAAGUCUACCAUAACGAGAAGACUUCACGACAGCAAAUACAUAGGGUUCACCACAAUGUGGAAACCAUUCAUGAGCCUCAAGAAUAGAGAGGCCAGAUUAAAAUAGAGAGGCCAAUGUGCAAACCAUUCAUGAGCCUCAAAAAUAGAAAAGCAAAAAAUCUUUUUAAAAAAAAUAAAAGUCAGCCUUGUUCUGGAGCAGCAAUAUUUGGUCAGAUAAAACUAAGAUCAACUUGUGUAAAAAUGAUGGGAAGAAAAAAGUAUGGAGAAGGCUUGGAACGGCUCAUGAUCCGAAGCAUACCAUAUCAUCUGUAAAACACAUGGGCAUGCAUUGCUUCCAAUGGCACUAGGCCACAAUUGUUUAUUGAUGAUGUGACAGAAGACAGAAGCUAAAAUGCAUAAUAUGUAGUUGAUGCAGCUGUGGAUCUACAAAAAGAACAACAUCGAUAGAUCAGCAUCGUGUAAAACAGUAUAGAAUAAUAAAAACUGUCCUGAAAGAAAUCCACUCAUAGAAUGUGUGAUGAGUAUAUCUCUUAUGUGUCUCUCCCUUUAGAUGUCUGGGGGACAUUUCAUUUUCAUAUCAACUCCUGGCUGCGGUCUCCACAUCAGCAACGAUAAGCAAGACUCAGGAUAGGUAUCCACAAACUGCAACAUAACCAAUCAGGCAAAAACUAAAAUGGGCAACCCCUAUAUUUGACCAUACAACUUUCAAAAACACCAUAAAACAUGUACAUGGUGGUUACUGUUGUACAUAUGAGACUUCCCUGAACACAAAUAUGAGUAUUUUAAAAUAAUAAAAUGUAUAAUGAUGAUAUCAUCAGUAAAAGGGCAGUUUUUGUGUGAAAAAUGCACACAAAAAAAAACUAAGUGACUACUAACAAAGAUUGGACAUACCCCAUUUUGAAUACCCUGGGUGGUCUACAUUUGCAAAUGAUAUGCCAUGAUGGGGGUAAUUCACAUUCCUGGGCUGCGAUACGGUCUUAAUGUGUAAAGACUGAAAUGGGCAAGCUCUUCAUUUGACCCUGUAACUUUCCAAAACACCAUGAAACCAGUACAUGAGGGGGCAUUGUUGUACUUGUGGGACUUUACAGCAUACAAAUAUCUGUAUUUUAUUGGAGUAAAGGCUAACAGUAUUAUGACAUUCACAGUUAAAAUGCCAUGCAGGACUUGGAAAAAAAAAUCUUUACCUAUAGACAUAUAGCUUACCUAGACAUUGCUUACCUAGAUUUCAGUAAGGCUUUUGACACUGUUGCACAUAGAAGGCUUAUCAAUAAACUGAAAUCUUUAAGUUUGGAUUCCAAUAUUGUUGAAUGGGUAAGGCAGUGGCUGAGUGACAGGCAACAGAGGGUUGUAAUUAAUGGAAUAUAUUCGAAGCUUGGACUUGUCACCAGUGGGGUACCUCAGGGAUCUGUACUUGGACCCAUUCUCUGUAAUAUUUUUAUUAGUGAUAUUGCAGAGGUCUUGAUGGUAAGGUAUGUCUUUUUGCUGAUGAUACUAAGAUAUGUAACAGGGUUGAUGUUCCAGGAGAGAUAAGCCAAAUGGCAAAUGAUUUAGGUAAACUAGAAAAAUGGUCAGAAUUGUGGCAACUGACAUUUAAUGUGGAUAAGUGCAAGAUAAUGCAUCUUGGACGUAAAAACCCAAGGGCAGAGUACAGAAUAUUUGAUAGAGUCCUAACCUCAACAUAUGAGGAAAGGGAUUUAGGGGUGAUUAUUUCUGAUGACUUAAAGGUAGGCAGACAAUGUAAUAGAGCAGCAGGAAAUGCUAGCAGAAUGCUUGGUUGUAUAGGGAGAGGUAUUAGCAGUAGAAAGAGGGAAGUGCUUAUGCCAUUGUACAGAACACUUGUGAGACCUCACUUGGAGUAUUGUACACAAUACUGGAGACCGUAUCUUCAGAAGGAUAUUGAUACCUUAGAGAGGUUUCAGAGAAGGGCUACUAAACUGGUUCAUGGAUUGCGGGAUAAAACUUACCAGGAAAGGUUAAAGGAUCUUAACAUGUAUAGCUUGGAGGAAAGAUGAGACAGGGGGGAUAUGAUAAAAACUAUAACCCUAACUAUAAGAUAAGGCCAGGGACUAAUGAAAGUAUUUAGAAAAUUGGGCAGACUAGAUGGGCCGAAUGGUUCUUAUCUGCCGUUACAUUCUAUGUUUCUAUGUAGCUCAAACUCUACCAGACAGCCACUAGAGGGACUAUCUGAAUUAAAAUUGACUUUUGGUCCGACAUCUGACGCUGGACGUCCUCACACUCUGCAUUAAGACUUCCAGUGUCAGAUUUUUUCCCCAUAGGAAAGCAUUGACUAAUGCUUUCGUAUGGGGGAAAUCCUAAUGCGAGUGGGGCCAUUGACCCGCAUGCAAAUUAGGUCUCCCCCACUCGCUGACGUUGGGAGGGGAGGAGCGUGGGCGGAGCCUGACCCAGCGCCAAGGCUAAUCAGCACUGGAUUCAGGUGACUGAAAGGGUUUUAACCUCUUCAGCGCCGCAGGAGGGGGAAGGAGGGGGGGGGGCGCGAGGGAGAUGGGAACUGCAGAAGUCUAUAGUGCCAGGAAAACAGCUUGUUUUCCUGGCUCUAUAGAAUCCCUUUACGUGCAGACACAUUUCUAUUAAACAGAAGCAAAAUCAAAAAAUUUAAAGUUCUUAUUGCCUGCACUCUAAAGUGACUUUUAAUCAUACACAGAAUGCUUCUGUGGGGUCUAGCAAGCUAUCAACAGUGCAGGGGAUAAUACAUUUUAAAUUAAAUAUAAUUUGCAAUGAAGGAAGUAUAAACAUUAGCUGACUCUUUACAGGAAGUGUUUAGGAAGGCUGCGCAAGUCACAUGCAGGGAAGUGUGACUAGGGUGCAUAAAUAAAGUGUUUUAACUCCUAAAUGGCAAAGAAUUGAGCACUGACACUGCAGGGAAAUGAUCUAUACACGAAAACAGCUUCAAUAAGCUAAAGUUGUAUUGGUAACUGUAGUGUCCUUUUAAGUGUGCAGCACUGACAUUCAGUGUCUCCACUCUUUACAUGGAGAUGCUGAACUCUCUCCCCCCUCCGCCUGCUUGGCCUAGAUCAGUGAUGGCUAACCUUGACUCCUUGGCUGACGUCAUGAGAAGUGUUGAUCUAGGCCAGUGAUGGCCAACCUUGACACCAUAAAUUGUUCCUGGACUACAUUUCCCAUUAAGCUUAGCUAGCUUUUAGAGUCUAAAAGCUAGCUGAGCAUCUUGGGAAAUGUAGUCCAGAAGCAAUUUAUGGUGUCAAGGUUGGCCAUCACUGGCCUAGAUCAACAAUUCUCAUGACGUCAGCCAAGGAGGCGGAUCUCCACGGCGCUGGAAAUAAGGAAAGAUAUUACUAUAUUUAGGGGGCCAGGCAAGUUAGAUAGUGGUUUUAACAUUAUAAGGUCAGGAAUACAUGUUUGUGUUUCUGAACCUAUAGUGUUCCUUUAAGGAGGUUGGGUGGACCUCACUGUUAAAUACUAUUAAUAAUGACAAUAAAAUAAAAAAGGGGGAGUAUGUAUGAUGUCAAUAUGUGUGUACAUUAGUCUUUGUGUUUGUAUGUGAAUUUGUGUCUAUGAACAUGAAUGUCUGUCUAUGAGUCAGUGUGUGUAUAUGAAAGUGUGUAUGAGUCUGUAAUUCAUAUUAAAGGGUCACUAUAGUGUAGUGGUUCUGGUGUCUAUAGCCUGUCCCUGCUGGAUUUUAAAUGUAAACACUGCGUUUUCCAAAAAAAGGCAUGGUUUACAUUGCUGGCUGGUAAUACCUCUAGUGGCAGCACUCAUACAUCCACUAGAAGUGCUUCCUAUGUCAAUGCUAACAGUGUACAGCACCCACGCUCUGCAUGGAGAUGCUCAACAUUCCCCAUAGAGAUGCUAAUUGGUGCAGCACAACGUUUUGAUGCGCAAUAGACUCCUAAUGCUUUCUUAUGGGAAAGCAUUGGAUUGUCUGUGAUCAUCAAGAUCCAGACUGGUCCCAAGAGAGAGAAAAGGUUUGUGAAAAAAACCUCUCCUGUGCGAUCAUACGGGGGCUGCGAAGCUAAAGAGCUAGUUAAGACUAUAGUGUCAGGAAUCCAAAUAUACUUAUCUGAAAUGAUCAAUCAAAACAGCCUCUCAAGGUCGUGGCCCAGUUCCUGACCUUUUACAAUAUGCACUUGAAUACAAAGAAAAAUGAGAUACGACUGUGUACAAUCUAGAACAGGAACAGAAAAAACACAUAGUGUAAUACAGUAAAACAAUAUGUGCAUCUUUGUAUUCCUGACACUAUACUGUUGCUUUAAUCAGGAAGUGAAUGCUACAUAUUGCCGAACUCUGCUCAUGAACCACCCUUCAGCAGGGGGAAGUUCUAUAUGUUAGAGAUAAUAACAUGGUAAAUCUGGCACUCCCAUUCCAACUUCUCCACUGUGGCCUUUUGUUGUGGGUUUAUUCACUAAAGUCAAAGUUGUAGUGCAUGAAAACCUAGCAAUUUUUAGCGUAAAAUAGCUGAUUCUGGACAAAUUCUCAAAUUCAGCUAUAGUCAACGUUUUGCUAUAUUAGCCUAUAUUUUGUCAAAUGGGUUUCAAUUCAGAGUUUAGUGGAAAAAACCCUCUUUGAACCCCCUGGUUUAAAUAAUGCAGUUUCACUAGGAGAGACAUGACUGAUUAAAGUAACCAGGGCAAGAGUUGCCAGUACCACAUGUAAUUUGGUAUUUUAGAAAAACUGAAGGCAGGGAAAGAGUUAAAACCACAGUACACACACUUAUUUAUAUCUGGGGUAAUUUCAUGUUUCAGCAGAGCUAUAGGUAAGGAAAUAGUUAACAGUAGGUCAUGGGCUUAUAUGAAGUAAUUUGCCAUAUUUUUUUUUUUUUGCAGAGUUAAAGGAAGGAAAUGGUUAACUGCACAGAUAAUGGAGUAAUAGGAGGUAUUGCAACACUGCUGUAGAAGAGGAUAGCUGGAAAGGGUUAACAGCAUAGGGCACACACAAAUUUAUAGGAGGUAAUUUGUCAUUUCCCCAGAGCUGGACGCAGGGGAACUGUACAGUACAGAGUAUGAGCUAGUGGGAGUUAAUCAGGGGCCAGUUUGACAUUUUAGCAGACUUUAAGGCAGAGAAAAGGUUAACAGCCCAUGGCUGGAGCCGAUAGCAAGCAGGAAAUGUGGUUAUAUGAGCAGAACUGUGCUCUGUGCUUUGGUAAUGCCCUGUGCUGCCUGAUUACAUUGUAUGUAUGUUGCAACAUUGUAACUGUAAAUAGAGAGCAGCUGCGUAAAACGUACUAAAAUACCCCAUUUGCCAGCUGAUGUUAAUAAACUACACUAAAACAAGAUAUUGCUGCUUCUAGCAACUCAUGAAUAACCAAGCUUUGGAUAAUGUGUCCUCUAGACCAGGAAGUACAAGUGUGUUUAUUAAAGUCAAAGAAUGGCAUGUGAUCUUCUCCUGGCUGUCCUGCCUUCCAGGCGCGCUCCCGAGGCUCACUGUGCACUCUCUCUGGUUAUAAUCACUUCCACUCCUUGUCUGCACCGCCUCCAGGAACUGGAGCAGAAGGAGGCACCAGAAAAAGAGAGGGGAAAUAGUCUCUAUGAGAGUCUAUAAAGUGUAGGGGAAUGUCCUGGGGACCCUCAAUAAUUAGGGUAUAACAUCUGCAACCCCAACUCUUUACAAUACAGCUUCAUCUGGGGUGAAAGACUGGACUUUGUUCCCACUCUCCCUCCCUUAGUCUGUGAGUUUUGCUGGCAGUGUCAAGCAGGGUGCUGGGUCUGUCAUCACUGUCACCCAUGCCUGUGGCAGCAUGGCUAUGCCGAGUAAAAGCGCAAGGUGGUUGCAGGAGGAGCUGCUGUCCGGAGGUAGAUCUUUGCUGCUGCUGGACUGUCGCCCCCAGGAGCGGUACCAAGUGUCCCAUAUUGAGAUGGCCAUCAGUGUGACAAUCCCGAGCCUCAUGCUGAGAAGACUGAAAAAGGGCAACUUGUCCAUCCGUUCAGUCAUCCCUAAUGACCGGGACAAGGAGCGAUUUGCCCGGCGCUGCCCAGCCGAUACGGUGCUGCUCUACGAUGAGGCCACGCUGGAUUGGCAGGAGAAGCACGUGUCCGGCUCGGUACUGGGCUUACUCCUUCACAAGCUACGAGAGGAUGGCUGCCAAGCCUACUAUCUGAGAGGUAAAGGGGGGAGCGCUAAGGCACUCGGUAACUGAAUCGAAUAACCCAUUAUCACCACUUUCUCUCCCUCUUUCACAUUGCAUUCGACACAGCUAUUAUUUUAUCUUAAAAAAAAAAAAAAAAGGAGUGUGAUUUUAGGAUAAGGAAUGUCACGGACAGACAUUGAGAUGACUUCAGAGUUAUCUGUUGAAAAAAGAGGCUGUCAAGGCAUUGUACAGAGCAUUGAUGGACUAUGUUUGGCAUGUCAGCUAUUGUAGACUAUGCUCCUCAUCAGGCUUAGCCAGACAGAGAUGUCUAUGAGGCUCAACAGCACAACUAGCUACCAUCACUAGCGUUGGUCUGUCUGGUAUAGAGAGAUAUGGUACCUGUUGCCUAAUAUAGAAUGUUUGCAACUUAUAUUACAAUUUAACACUUUUAUAAGUGCCUCUGGCACCUGAAGGGUUAAUAUUUUCUGUCCCUGGCACUAAGAGGGUUAAAACGGUUACUUUGGUGACCGUGACAUGAAUGGACGACUAAUGACCGUUGUUUGGGUAUGAUUAUCUUGUUUUCAGUAACUACAGUAAAAUUUAAAUCCCCAGGCUGUCACCCAUUGAAAUAUAUACGAAUAAACUAUUUCUUAUACUGAUGAUAGAUACAAAUAUUUUUGUUUGCAGUGUGUUGCUGUACUUAAUGUGUUGAGGAGGCUUCAAAUAAUCUAUAUUGUGGUGUACUAAAAUUACUAAGAAACAAAAACACAAAACCAAAGUAACUAUGCAUGGGUGUUCGAUCCUCUACUUAGGCUCAAUCCCCCAACAAUAUCUCCUAAAGAAAUGAUCAAUAACGUUAGGUAAAAAAUAUGAAACUAUAUAAAGAACAAUUAGUGGGCAAUGUUCUAAAAGCGUUAAAAAAAAUUACCAUGGAAACCAAUGCAAUAUUCGUGCUUUUUGCUCUAGUUUUCGUACCUUGCCCCAGAAUUGCUCUCUAUAAAUAACUUACAGUGUAAGUCAGACAUCAAGGAAUUUCUGCAUCUCUCCUGUGUAAUACAUAACAUACAAAGAAUUGGCAACCUGCCUGACUACUGCUACAUUAUCCAUCAACACCGUGAAUGCAAAAAUGAUUUAAAAAAUAUAUAUUUAAGUUCUUUUUUUUCAAUAGUUUCCAAUGCUUUUGUAGUUUAAGAGUUAAUAGCUACUGCCCACACACUUUGCGUGGGAGACUCAUUUCAUAUGGAAAUUCGGGGCAUACACUAAUAAGAAGGUGGAGUUGAUGGCUUACAUUUUUGUCCACAGCUCAUCUGCCUCUUAACUUGUCAGAUCAUGUUCUUCUGGAGUAAAACUCUCACUGAGAGCUCCUAUUAAAUGCAUGUUUAUUUGGUCCAACGUAGACGAAACGAUAAAUUGUUAUCAUAAACAUUCAGUGGAUCAAAACUGAUUAAUACUUCUCAAACCAUCAUGAUUUACAAUUUAUUUACAUUCUAUCUAUCUAUCUAUCUAUCUAUCUAUCUAUCUAUCUAUCUAUCUCAAACACAAAAGGACAUGUUUUUCACAUAUGGUUUCAUAUGUUUGUUGCAAUAAUUUAAACCCUCCUCUUGAAAUUCCUGUUCUGUUCUCGAGAGGAAACACUGUUCCGGAUUAAGCUAUGUCCAGAGCAACAAAUUUGGACUAUUUCCAGCCAAAUGUAUUUUGUAUCGAAAAGCAAAGGCCUUUUCCCCAGUGUCACUUAAACUUUGUAUGUGGAUGGGCAUUGAACAGGCCUUCUCUCAGACUCUGGUUUGUACAGUCGUGAUUUCCAUAUGAUGUAGAUACAUGUAGUGUGUUUUUAAUGCCUCAAGCUGAAAACAGAUAGUAAUACUAAGUAUAGGAAUUGUUGGAGUAAACAGGAAAUUGAGCUAACAAAUAUUUAUAAGUACAUAAUCUAAAUAGUAGAGUUAAAGGGUGUUAACUGGUAGAAUAGAUGCAUUUUUGUGGUUAAUAAUUCUUAAAGGACCACUAUAGUGCCAGGAAAACAAACUCGUUUUCCUGGCACUAUAGGGUCUUUAGGUCCCCCACACCCUCGGGGUCCCACUCCUACUGGGCUGAAGGGGGCUGAAGGGGUUAAACACUUACCUUUCUCCAGCGCCGGGCUCCCUCGGUGCUGGGGAACUCUCCUCCUCCUGCCGACAUUCUCAAUGCUUUGCUAUGGAUGUCCAGUGUCUUCUCACUGUGAUUUUCACAGUGAGAAGCGCGGAACCGCCUCUAGCGGCUGUCAAUGAGACAGCCACUAGAGGCUGGAUUAACCCUAGUGUAAACAUAGCCGUUUCUUUGAAACUGCUAUGUUUAUAGCUGCAGGGUUAACACGAGAGGGACCUGGCACCCAGACCACUUUAUUGAGCUGAAGUGGUCUGGGUGCCUAUAGUGGUCCUUUAAAUGUUAGGCAGGACCGGUGCGUCCUAUAGGCGACUUAGGCAGUCGCCUAGGGCGCACCGGCCCGGGGGGGGGGGCUAGAUUUAGGUGACCGGCAGGAGGGAAGCGCACAGCGUUCUCUCCUGUAGAUCAUUCAAUGUAGUGUGGCCAGGCAGCGCAGACCGUGGGACACGAACUUCUGUUUCCUGUAGCCGGGCGCCGGUGGACUGACAGGACGUGCUCACUCAGUGAGCGCUUCCCUUCAGUCCGCCGGCGGUCGGGUACAGGAAACAGAAGUUCCUGUACUGCGAUCCAUGCUGCCUGGCCACGCUAUAUGGGUAGGACAAAAGGGGGAAAGGACCACUGAGGGGGUGGGGGGAGAAGGGGAAAAGGACCACUAAGGAGGGGGGAAGGGGAAAGGACCACUAAUGAGGUGGGGGGGGGGAAAGGACCACUAAGGGGUGGGGGAGAAGGGGAAAGGACCACUAAUGAGGUGGGGGAGGGGAAAGGACCACUAAUGAGAUGGGGAGGAAGGGAAAAGGACCACCAAGUAGGUGGAGGGGAAAGGACCACUAAGGGCUGGGGAGAAGGGGAGAAGACCACUAAAGGGGUGGGGAAAAGGAACACAAGGGACUGGGGAGGAGGGGAAGGACCACUAAGGGAAAGGGAGGAGGAGGGAAAGGACCACUAAGGGGUUUAGGAGAGUGCGGAGAUGAAGGACCAUGUAGGUGGGAGGAGGGGAAAGGACCACUAGGAGGUGGGUGCGGGAGAAGGGGAAAGGACCACUAAGGAGGUGGGUGGGAGGAGGGGCAAAGGACCACUAAGGAAGUGGGGAGGAGGGAGAAAGUACCACUAAAGGAGUGGGGUUGAAAGUACCACUAAGGGGGAAGAGGGAAGGACCACUGGGAGAGGGAAGGACCACUGGGAAGAGGGAAGGACCACUAAGGGGAGAGGGAGGAGGAGGAGAAGGACCACUAAGGGGUUUGGGAGAGUGGGGGAGAGGAUGACCACUAAGGGGGAGUGGCAGGGGGGGAGAGUGAGGACCACUAAGUGGGGGGGUAAGAGGGGGUAGUGAGAAGACCACCAAGGGGGUACUGCAGAGGGACAGGGGGCCAAGGGAGAGCACUAAGGAACAGAAGGGGAGAGCUCUAUUAAAAAAUAAAGAGCUGCUCCCCUCUCAGUCCCUAUCCUACCCCACAAACCCUACUCACACACAGACAAACCAAAACACACAAUGCAUCCCUUAUGCACACACACACACACACACACACUGAUUCUCUUACACACACAGAAACAAAAUGCAUCUCUUACACACACUCAAUGCACCCCUUACAGAGACACACUGCAUCAAAUUACAUACACAGAAACACAUCUUGCAUCCCUUACACACACCCACCCAGAAACAUACAAUGCAUUCCUUACACACAAACACACACUACAUCCCUUACACAAAUUGGUAUCCCUAUACACUACAUUUCAUAAGAACACACACAUAUUACAUCCUCUACAGUAACACAUAACACAUCCCCUACACACAUACACUUCACUCCCUGUGAGAGAACUCAUGGGUGGGCCAUGUAGGUGGAUUCAUGGGUGGGCCUUGUAGGCAUACUCACGGUCAGGCACUGGGGUGCCCAGACCUUGAGCUGUGUCAUGGGCCCCAAAAAAUGGAGCUGCAUUCUGUUCGUUAAUUGUUGUGAGCACUGUUACAAACAAUCUCCAGAGAGUCUCUUCUACACCAGACCUGUGGUGCCAGACUGAGCCCAUCAUCAUCCUCUUGUUCUCAUCUGGUGGUAAGUAGGCAAUCCAAUAUAUUAUUAUAUUAGGCACUAAUCUCUAAUUUACCUCACUUUAAAGGGACACUAUAGUUACCAGAAGCACUACAGCUUAAUAUAGUGGUUCUGGUGUCUAUAGCCUGUGCCUGUAGGCUUUUAAAUGUAAACACACUGCCUUUUCAGAUAAAAGACACUUUGUGCAGAACUGGCAUUGGCCCAUAUGGCAGAGCAUAUGGGCGGGGCAUUGUGAUGUCACAUGGUGGGCAGGACAUAUAGAGGGGCAGCAAAUUUGUUUUUGCCUAGGGCGGCAAAAAUCCUUGCACCGGCCCUGAUUAUAGGCAAAGGUUAGAACUUUUUAUGGGUAACAAUGAGUAAAUGCAAGUUUCCAGGACUCAAGGCAUUAUUUAACAAAUCAAGCAGAUAUAGCAUAUUACGCGGUGUGUACCAUUAAGUGAACCUCAGCUGAAUAAACUAUUGAUUUCAAAGGCCAGUUUCUUGUUUAUUAACCCCUUAAGGACACAUGACAUGUGUGACAUGUCAUGAUUCCCUUUUAUUCCAGAAGUUUGGUCCUUAAAGGGUUAAAGGAACACUGUAGGGUCAGGAACAGAAACUUAAUUCUGACCCUAUAGUGUUAAAAACACUAUCUGGCCCCCAAUUCCCCCCAAAAUAUAGCACAAUCUUACAUUUAUUCCAGUCUGCUGGUGUUGGCUCUGCCAAAAACGGCUUCCUUGGCUGACAUCAUCAGAAGUGAUGAUCUCAGCCAAUCACAAACCUUUCCCAUAGGAAAGCAUUAGAUUGGCUGAGAUUGUCAAUUCUGAUAAUCUCAGUGAAAGAGGCGGUCCAGGCUCAGAGCAAAACGCUGCCCUGGCCAGUCAGCAUCUCCUCAUAGAGAGACAUUGACCUAAUGGAUCUCUAUGAGGAAAGGUCAGUGUCUCCAUGCAGAAGGUGGAGACAUUGAAUGCUAGUGCUGCUACCCCAGGAACCACCUCUAGUAGCCAUCUGAGGAGUGGCCAUGGGAGGUGUCCCUAGGCAGUAAUGUAAACACUGCCUUUUCUCUCAGAGUAAACACAGUGUUUACAGAAAAAAGUCUGCAGGGACUGACUAUACUCACCAGAACAAAUUAGUGUAAAACACAGGCAACACUCCAAGGUUCUUGAUGGUGAAUUUAUUAAAGGGUAAGUCUCCUCACAUUAGUUGUUCUGGUGACUAUAGUGUAGAUUAUAUAAUUUCUUUGCGGACAUUUUGUCAUUCUAGUUAUUCGGAUACUAAAGGUAAAAGUUUGCCCACCCUAUAGUUUGGAUCAUUUUGCCAAUCCAGCCUUCUUACCAGUAGUGUGCAUAUUCAAUAAGCCUCACACUAAUGGUUUAUGGGAUAUGUAGCACUUCUUUCUUUUAAGAGCCUACAUUAUGGUAGACCUGUCUGAGAGUAGAUUGCUUCAUAAAAAAGGCAUGAAUUAGGCUUUUCUUUUAACAUUGCUUUAUUAAUUGUGUGAGCCACGUUAUUCAUAAAUAGAACUCAAGUCUGCCAUUGAUGCGCAUGGCUAACUGUCUCAUGGAAAUCGAUGGGAAAGUUCUAAUAUCUCAUAAAUCUCUGCAUAUGGAAGUAGGUGACAACACAAGGGUGUUUGGUAGGCCUUCGCUCAGUUCUCAAAUUAGUUUUAUGUCACCUUUAUGUCAUUGCCAAGAGUAUUUACACCAUUUACAUCAGAUUGACCUCCCCCUGAAGGGCAGGCCAGAUCCAAAAUCCUCGCAGGCUAUAUCUGUGUUAGUAAUACAGCAACCCCAGAUGAUUGUUGCAACCUAGUUGGGACUUGUCACUGAGAUGUGACUGAAGACAAUGUAGUCCAGGCACUCAGGGUCUUUUUCAAACAGCAGUUUUAUUGGCGAAGCACGGCAAACCCAGCAACGUUUCAAUACACAAUUCGAUCGAAACGUUUCUGUGUUUGCCGCGCUUUUCCAAUAAAACUGCUGUUUGAAAAAGACGCUGAGUGCAUGGACUAUAUUGUCUGCACUAUAUGGAAUAGAUAUUUGCCAGCCCAAGGUACAGUGCACCGAGGUGAACAAGUGAUGAGAGUGCAGACUUUGUUUGCAAUCUGAGAUGUGACUGAGGCCCCUUUACUUGACAGAGAUCAUAGGCAGUUUGCAAAUAGCAAAACAGAGUUAACAGAAUCCUGCGAAAGGACAACAACUCACCUAACUUGCCCAUUCAGUGAGUCCCUAGUUAUUUUUAAGCUAGUUUAGCUUAACUUCUUAAAGAGAGAGAACCUGAACUAUUUCAAUAUCAGGCUGAUUCCACCCACUCUCGCCUUAGCUUGGCAAUAUAAAAUUAGUUACCUGCUAUACCUGCUAGGUAUUGAACUCAAAGCAGUGUAAAUGUUAAGAAAUCUUUUAUUGAGUGCAGGUGAGUCAAUCAGUGGAUUUUACUUUAGUUGACUCAUGUUUGCUCAAGUGUAUGGGUCAAUAAAACCUCACCUGUACCCUAGUAGGAAGAAAUCUUACACCUCCUUUCACUUCAUUUGAUGUGAGUACUUACAGCACUGCAGGAUAUCCUUCCUUGCCUCAUUGUUUUUCUUAUGCUGAAUUAAGCACAGGUGUCGUCACAUCCUUUAAUACGUUGUACCUCGUAUAAAUGGACGCGCAUGUGUACUGGGACAGCCAACUCCCAGCCUAAGCAUUCUGUCGCAUUUAUGUUUCUAUUUAUUGAUAUCAGUUCUACGCAUGCACGAGCAGCACUAAUCGUGUACCACCCAAUAAACUGUGGAGACCUUUGUAGUCCAGGAAAACAUCACUAAGUUGACAUGUCAAACCUAGCAGAGACUAUUACAAAAUAGCCUAUCUUGCCAAAAACCACAAUAACCUUGUUCAAAGAUAUCUACUCAUUGCUAGAUAACACAAGCCCUCUCAUGUACCCUAAAGCACAAACACACGCCGCAUGUAUAUGUAUGUAUGUGUAAAUAUAUAAAUAUAUAUAUACAUACACACACACACACACACACAUACAUACAUACAUACAUACAUACACUGCUGUGUGUGUGUGUGUUGUUAGUGUGCUGUGUGAGGGUGCUGUGUGUGUAAGGGUGCUGUUAAUGUGAUGUGUGUGUGUGAGAGUGCUGGUAGCGUGCUAUGUGGGUGAGGGUGCAGUUAGUGUGAUGUGUGUGUGUGUGAGGGUGCUGGUAGUGUGCUAUGUGGGUGAGGGUGUUUGUGUGUGUGUGUGUUUGUGAGGGUGCUGUUAGUGUGCUGUGUGUGAGGGUGCUGUUUUUGUGCUGUGUGUGAGGGUGGUGGUAGUGUGCUGUGUGAGGGUGCUGUUUGUGUGAUGUGUGUGUCAGGGUGCUGUUUGUGUGCUGUGUGUGGGUGUCGUGUAUUUGUGAGGGUGCUGUUAGUGUGCUGUGUGUGAGUGUGCUGUUUGUGUGAGGGUGCUGUGUGUGUGUGUUUGUGAAGGUGCUGUUAGUGUGCUGUGUGUGCGGGGCUAGAGUUCACUCUCGCGAGAUCUGAGCGUUGCCGUGAGAGGAACCUGGCGGAGCUGCUGUCUAGAGCUCCUCGGGUCCUCUCCUGCCUCCCUCCAUGCUGCUGUGGGCCGGUGAGGUCGAUCUUUGAUCUCCCCGCCGGCCCAUGGAGGCUUAGAGCAGAGCUGGCACUCAGAUAGCGCUGGCUCUGCAUGAGCCGACAGGGGAGAUCUCCCCUGCCGGCAGGGGUCAAGUCCUGGGGAAUAAAGUGUGGGAACUCUCCCAAGAUUCCCACCCCCCCAAAAAAAAUAAUAUACACUCGUGUGUGUGUGUGUGUGUAUAUAUAUAUAUAUAUAUAUAUAUAUAUAUACGCAUGCGCACACACACUGACACACAUACACAGACACACACACAUAUAUAUAUAUAUACAUACACACGCACACAUUGAGACACACACACACAUUCACAGACACACACAUUCACAGACACACACAUUCACAGACACACACAUACUCAGACACACACAUUCACAGACACACACACAUACACUGACACACAUACACUCAUAGACACACACAUACUCAGACACACACACACACUCACAAAUUAUUAUUUUUUAAUUAAAAAAUGUCCACCCAGCCUCCCUUACCUGUAGAGUUGGCAUGGACCUGCCCCUGGGGUCCAGUGGGUCGGGCGCCUGUCUCCAUAUCAGACGCGGCGAGGGAGCUGUGUCCUCUCUGAGACCUCUCGCCACGCGGGCUGUGUACUGUAGCUGGGAGCUGGAAUAUGACGUCAUAUUUUGGCUCCCGGCAUCAGGAAACGGUGCACGGCGAGAGGGAGCAGAGAGGACACAGCUCCCUCGCCGCGUCUGAUAUGGAGACAGGUGCCCGACAGGGGGGUCGAUCACCUCUUGGCCCCCCCAUGACAGGGGGUACAUGUGGGGGGCAUUUGGCGGCAGCAUUUUUUGCCGUCCCGUGAGUGCCUGCAGGAACAGCACAACACAAAAAAAGUGCAGGAACACCAUUCCCACGCCUUCCUGCAGGACUCAAUCCAUAAGCGUGCCGCGGGGAUUAGGGUGUCCCCAGGCAUACCCGGCACACCUCGUGUGCACGCCUAUGAGCCCUCUAUAGUGGUUAUGGUGCCAGAGUUACCUAGUGAUGUCCCAUGGACAGCAGUCAAACUGUGAAUAAACGGUUUGACAUAUACCUGCACCAGUGGUGUAUUUUGGUUUUGUGCUACCCUAGGCAUGACUAAACUCGGGCACCCCCACCCUAAUUUAAAUUUUCCCCAUCCAUUCCUAUCAGGGCUGCACCUCUUCCUGUUUAAAACCAACACUAACUUUGACUGAUAGACACACACACUCACUGAUACAUGCACUGACUUACACUCACUGAAAGAUAAACAGUGGCUGGCACACACACUGCUUAACCAACACACACUUUCACUGACAGACGCAGUGACACACUUACUCACUGACAGGCACGCACAUACUCAUUGAUACACUCAGUGACAGACCCAUACUGACAUACACACACACCCUCACUGAUUUGAUCCGCUCUGACUGACACACACAUUUACUGACAGACACACCCAUUUACUGACAAACACUCACAAAAUAUUUUAUUUUAAAAUUUUACUUUAAGUGCACCCAGCUUCCCGACCUUUGGUAGAACUGGAGUGGCUUCUUUCCUUGGGGUCCAGUGUGGCUGCUGGGCAGGCUACUGGUGUGCUGGGCAGGGACGCACGCAAUGGAGGUGGUGAAGGAGCUGCAUUCUACUUGCUCUGCUCCCUCGCACAUUGUUUAGUAAUACCGGGGCCGGAAUAACAUCAUAUUCUGGCUCCCAGCAUCACAGGAGGGAGCAGAGUAAGAAGGGCACAGACAUCAGUGCUCCCUCAACGCCUGCCUCUAAUACAAAUGGCUGCCCACUUCGGGGAGGGCCCUAAGGUUGCCAGCUGGCCAGCUGUUGGGCCCCUUAUGACACGAGGCUAACAAGGCAUCCAGUUCCGCAUUAACAAUAUUAGCAAAGGUUCUUGUUCCGCAUUAGCAAUAUUAGUUUGCUCUAUCAGGACAUAAGUUACAGAGUGUCAGCUGAAGCUUUCAGCCAUAAUAUUGCUAAGGCUGAAUGAGAACUUCCUCUUUACUGAUAUCUAGAAGACUGAAAAGACUGCAGAUGUCCAAUGGAUCCAGAUAUGCUUCAAACCAUUUUAAACCAGUUUGACUCCUUACAAUGGACAUGGGCCAGGGAACUCUUGGCAUCAUAACCACCACAGUGGGCUGUAGUUGUUAUUGUGUAUAGAGCGCCGCUUUACUGUUAUAACUAUAAAUUGACAACUCUUUUACAUAGAAUAGUAAAUAAAUAAGAGAAAAACAUUUUAUGCUUUUCUGGUGCAUAUUUCCACAAAUUAAACUCUUUAAAAAUUCUAUAUUUUUUUGUUUCAAAAUUUUUGUGUAUGUAAUUUAUUUAUCAUGGUUUUUUUUCUCUUCGCUUUUAUUUACAUUUAUUUUUUUCUUUUCCAUUUUGUAGGUGGUUAUAAUAAAUUUCAGUUGGAAUAUCCAGAACAUUGUGAGCCCGGCAUUGACAAUGCUAGCCCCAGUGAAACGUUACCAGCACCAGUUCUUGGAUUAGGAGGGCUAAGGAUUAGUUCUGAUUGUUCUGAUGGCGAAUCAGACAGAGAACCAAGCAGUGCUACUGAACCGGAAGAGAGUCCCAUCCUCAUGAACCAUUCAACUUUCCCAGUCCAGAUACUGCCUUAUUUGUACCUUGGCUGCGCAAAAGAUUCCUCCAACUUGGAUACAUUGGCUAAAUAUAAUAUCAAAUACAUCCUCAAUGUGACUCCUAACUUGCCAAACAUGUUUGAACAUAACGGAGAAUUCAAAUACAAACAGAUCCCCAUCUCUGAUCACUGGAGUCAAAAUCUUUCACAAUUUUUUCCCGAGGCAAUUUCAUUUAUUGGUAGGUAUUACAAUUCAACAAAUUAGCAGUUUGUGUAAAUGGCAGCUUUUGUAUGAUAAAGACCAAUUUUUAUCUAGUAGUGGUUGGGGCAGGGUGCAACAGGGGAAUAAGGAAUAGGAAGAUAAAAAUAAAGUUUUCUUUUUUUUUUCUUUUCCAUAUACAUAGAUACUGAAUGGAUAUAAUUCCUGCCCUGCAGGAUGAAACCUAUAUAAAUGUCUCUAGCAAAAUAUGUUGCUCAAUUCCCCAUGUUAUGCAACAGUCUUGUUCAAACAAAACAACUUAAUAUUCCUAGAAAUGCAGGAAAAUACAUCAGUGGGAGAUUGUUUGAGGCUAAAUCAUGAAAUGGCACAAUAAUAUGAGUACUUGUGGUGUAGUGUGACUAGAAUCAUGCGUCCGUGAGCUCCUACAAUCUUUGUUCCUUGUCACUUCCUUUUCUUCCUCGUUGGCUUCUAAACAUGAGGUUUGUGCCACCAGGAGAACACUCCAAGCACCUUAGCCACUUCAGCCCACUGUAAUGGUUAUGGUGUCAGGAUUGUCCUGGUGUCAUCCCAUGGUGAAUAGUCAAACUGUUUUCGUAUGGUUUGACAGACUACCUGGGCAGUCUUUAUGUCCACGCCACAUGUGGCCUUCUUCUUGUGGAGAAAAUGGAUGUCUCCAUAGAAUAAAGCCUUUUUGACUACUUACCUUGGGACUGCUCCAGACCAUACCUGGUAUGACCACUCGAGCUGGAUGUAGUGGUUUUGGUGGUUGGAGUGUUCCUUUAUUACAUAUUCCAGUGUACUCUAUAACAGUAAAAAGCUGAGAAGAGAUAUCUGGGCUGAUAAACUCCCCACUCAAAAAAAAAAUGCAACCAUGAGAAUUGAUUACCAGCUGGAGUCGAGAUGUAGAGUGACCAGUACUAUAGGCCCAUGACCUGCACAUCCUUUCUAUUGUCACUCCAUUUUUUCCUCGGUGGCCUAUCCAUGAACGUUGUGCCCCAGGUGUAUUUUAUUUGCAUGAGUUUCAGAGUUAGAACAUAUCUAGGUAAAGUAUAUAGUAUUAUAUAACUCGGAAGAGAGAUCUGUGCUUUUGGUGGGACAGAUCUUACUAGACUUUGAAAGUUUGACUUAAAGACACCAGGGUAACUCCACACCUAAAAUGUUUGUAAUUAAGAGGGUAAGUCAGCAGCUUGGGUGAAGAUACACAAAAUAUGUUUUCUUUACCUUCCCACCCCCCUUGUUUGAUUAUUUGACCGCAUGAGAAGAUAGACCAGUGGAAUUCUUUGAAAGUUAUUGUUUGUCGCACUGGCAUUCUUUAAAAGUUGAAGGUUGCCUUAGGUUGCCUAAAGUUUCUUUUGUGAAUGCUGGUAAAACAGGUUUUUACUAGUACACAUUUUAGCCAUUCGUACCACUGCUUUAUGAGCCAGGCUUCUCAGACUCAGAUCUCUAGAAGCAUAGGUUAUAAUGGUGCUCAUUUGCACAGUCCUGGCAAAAACCAAAUGCACUCAAUUGCCAUAAAAUUUGUGGACUCAGAAGCAGAACAUCAGCAGUUUGAAAAUUGUGACUGUCCCUCCAUAUUUAGGUCUGUUGGUACGUAUGUACCAUAGAAUAACUCCUUUCUAGCUAGAAAGUAUUUCUUUCCAUAAUCACAUACAAGUCAGAUGUGGAAAUGUUAGUAGCCCAACCAGUGUUAUGUAUAUGAAAAAGAGAAUGGUCUGCUUAUCUGCGAGAUGCUAUUUGUCAUAGUUGAGUGAAGUAAUGGAAAUUUCCAUGCUUUUGUUGAUUCCUGCUUACCUUUGUACAAGGACAAUGUGCAGUGUGACAUACACUAUGUAUAUAUAUAUAUAUAUAUUGUCAAUGAUAAACAAACAUUGUCAGGUGUUUUACUAAAGUGUGAAUUCAAAGUGGAUUUCAAAAUUAAGGUCAAAAUUACUGAAGUAGAAAAAGUCAUGCUUUCACUUUGGCUAUUUGGACCUCAAGUUCGAAAUUCACUUUGAGUUCUUAUUUUUGUAAGUAACCCUGUGAAUCUUAUAUAAGUUGUUAAAGUUCUAGGAAACUAAAGCGGCAGACCAUCCAGUUUUUUUUUUUGUGUGAGACAAAAACAGCUGCUAAUCAUUACUUAAAAGGGAAAUUUCCAGUGGACUCUUUAAAUUAAGUUGCUAUGGUACCAGAGGCCUCCGACACUCUCUUUUCUUAAGAGGUUAAACGAUUCUCGACUGUCUCCAGAGCAAUCUCCAGGUCCCCCAGGUAGAAUCAGCUUUGUAUUCCUGGCACUAUAGUAUUCCUUUAAUAAAUACUACACACAUAAUUCCCAUGUGAAAUGUUUUUAUAAUUCUAUUUCCUUCAGUUUGCUUGCAACUACUGUAUUAUACACAGCCUUUUGGCACACACAAGGUUAAGCUUUUUUGGCGCAAGAAAAACUGAAAUAUUCCAAGAGGGUGUGUUUUUUUUUUUUUGAAUGGCGUGGCAUAUUUUUUUCAUGAAGUAGAGAAGUGUCAAUAGUAAUUGUUAAAUACAGAAAGCAUCUAAGAGUAAGGGCCCUGAGGCGAGUUUUGCAAUCUAUAUGAGUCAUCAGAAUAAAGCAACAGUAAAGGCAAGAGUUUGGUUUCCUUGACUUUUAACUUAUUAAUUGCCAUGGUGAAUAUAUCUGUAUAGAUGUAAAAUAGCCUGUAUAUAGUUUGCCAAGUGGUUUAAUGCUGUGUCUUUAAAUACUAUAAGAUAAAAUGUAAAGGUCAUUUUUAUUGAGACUGACAUAACUUUUUUAUUCAGUUUUUAGUUUUUUUCUCUUACAACCCACAGGGGAUAGGAAAGGGGAGAAAGAUACACACAAAAGGAGCUGGAGGGAAAGAGGCACACAGAGCGGCUGGGGAGAGGAGACAUACAGAGGGGAUGGGGGAUGUGACACAUACAGGAGAAGGGGAGAAAAUAAACACACAGGGGCUGGUGAAGGAGAAAUAGACACACAGAGGGGCUGGAGGGGAAGUGGCACACAGGACUGGGAGAGAACGAGACGCACAAAGAUGCUGGGGAGAAGAGAGAGACACACAUAGGGGCUCAGGGAAAGUAACAGACAUACAAGAUUGGGGUUUGUAAGAGACACAAAAGGGGAUGUUAGACAUUUACGUUGAAAAAUGGGGGAUGCGAUACACUAAUGGGGGUGUAAGACACGAAAGAGGGGAUAAAAAACAUAAUAGGGGGUAAGAAAUUCAAGAGGGGUGUUACAAAUGCAAAUAAUAAUGAUGGGUUUCUCAAACUUCCCUAGUCCAUUAGCCCAAUAAUAACGAGACCAGGAGAUGCCAGUCAUUUGACCCUAAUACCCAUAGAACUAUAGUAUACCCUAUAUAACCGUAAUACCAAUAUAAUCUGUCUGAUCCUAACACCAAAACGGCCCUUUGUGUCUCUAUUUUCCCUUUUUCGCAGCCCCUGUGUCUCUUUCUCCCCCCAACCCCUCUGUGUGUCUUUCUUCCCCACAGCCCUUUUUGUAUGUCUCUUUCCCCAGCCGCUUUUGUGUGUCUAUUUCUCACUUUUCAUGUAUGUGUGUCUUCCCCCCAAGCCCCUCUGUGUGCCUCUUUCUUCUUCUCCAGGCCCUGUGUGUGUAUCUUUCUCCCCUUCCUCAGCCCCAGUGUGUGUGUACGUGUGUGUCUUCCCCCACAGCCCCUGUUUCUGUCUCUUUCCCCACCAGCUGCUGUGCAUGUCUCUUUCUCCCCUUUCCCCUAUGUAUGUCUCUCCCCCAGCCUCUGUAUUUCUUUCUCCCCUUCUUUGGCUUUUGUGUGUGUCUCUUGCCUACAACAUUCCCUAUAACAAAACUAGCUAAUGGCCAGUCAUUUUGUCCUAAAUAGUUAAGACAUAUACCUGCUACAUUAACUCAUGCCAUGCUGGAUUAAUCCCAUGCUGCGCUGCGCCUACUGUAUUUACCUCCAACUUGCAGAAUUAUAUCUGGACCCACUGCCUUAAAACAAUGAACCCACAGCGAUGCCUCCUUGACAUGUUUUGCUGUUUGGUGCCGGAAUUUGCCACUGUGAAUAUGUUUCCAGUCACUAGGAAUAAACAGUCACUGGAAAUAGAGUUACAAUCAGAAAGGAUUUUGUCUGUGAGUAGAAGCAGGAAAAGCACAUAUGGUUUCUGGCUUCCAAGAAUAAUUCAUUACGUUUCCUACCUAGGUUUUUAUUGACAUGUCUGAAUUUAUUAUGAUAAAUAAAGAUGGUUCUCAUAACUUUAUAAAAAAUAACACUUCUUUUUUUCGUAAAGUUGUUCCUUUAAUGUGACCUUCGGAAAAAAACAAAAAACAUCUAUUACGAAGUAAAUAUAGACUGAGCAGUAAUGUUUUGUAAGGGAUUAACAUAUUGCAAAGUGUGUUCACAGAUGGCAAAGUUUCCCAUGGAACAGCAAAAUAACUAGUUUAUCUGUCACUUUAAACUUUACUGCCGUGUGGAAUUUCUAAAGCUAUUACAAAUGCAGGGUGUAGUUAUGUCGCAAUACAUGCUUUUUAUGUGUACAUAGAAAAUACUACUUGACACGUGAAAGGCAGUGAAAUUGUUUGAAUAGAUUAUUGUGAUCAAAUCAGACAUUUUGUGCUUUUGUCCUUCCUCUUAAGAUGACAACAGAGUUUUCUCAAUCAAUAUUAUGUAAGCUUUUUAACGGAAGUUAUCUUGCAUGCGAUGUGUGCAGUAGUUGUAGUUUGAAUUGUUGAUUGGUCACCAUUUUGUCCCUUGAGUUUACUUCAGAUAACAUCUAGUGAUUAUUUUAAUUGCAAACAGACUGAAGCUGAUUGUAAGGGAAUCAGAAUUAAAGAGCCUUCUACAUUUUAAAAAGAACCUUUGCAUCUUUAAUGGUGCACCUCGAGCUGUCUGCUUGCGGUGUUAUGAACCAGACUUGUUGCCGACUUUUAUGUCCGUAAAUUAACUCCAGAAUUUCUGGACUGAAAACCCAAUCCCAAUAAUGACAUGAAACCAAUAUUUCAAUUAUAUGGUAAUGUGUUUGGCCACGGCUUUAUUAACAUUUUUAAUAUCACAUAACCAGCAAAAUAUAACCAAAAUCUACUUCAAGCUUAAAGUACUUGCCAUCUAAAGAACAGAGACCUAAGACACUGUUAUUACCAUAAAAAUCCCAGAAUUUGGUUUCUGUGACACCAUAGGCUAAUACCGUACCGGAAACCAUUUCUCUCUGUCUUGAGGAUCUAAUAGUGUUCUAUUUUAAAAAGACAAAGUUAUUUUGGCUAUGAUAAUGCAGACUCUACAAAACACAACAAUUUAAUAUUUAGAUUUGUCACCAGAGUCGUACCCCAACACGCAGGAAAGAUGAAACCACAAAAGGUGGAUCCGAAAGACAUAUUCCCGACCCUUAGAAUGGCCGGACUUAACGUAAAUAUACAACAACAAACAGGGUCAAGAAUAAAUCAAGGACAGGAAUAACAGGAAUACUCAGAGUCAAGACAAAGCCGUGUCAAUAUACCAGAAAUCACGAGACAAAUACGAAGCAGAGGUCAGGAUACCAGAAAUCACGUGUCCAAUAUGAAGCCAAGGUCAAGCACAGGAAAUCACAAGGGAAUCUCUAGGUGCACUAAACAUGCAUCUUACAGAAUCCACGAUAGGGCAGUGAAUGGGGGCUAAAAUAAACCUUAAAUAGGCUUACCUAUGUUCUGAGAGGUCCACGUCCUCACUUCGAUUCAAAACAGAUUAGGAGGGCAAUGAUGAUGUGGUCACUUAAAGAGUUGGUGUGACAUCACAUCCACAUCUAUAUAUAGACGUCCUGCCGCGUGGCCGCGUAGUUCGGUCAGACCGUGCGGCAGGAGGAGGUCUACAAGGAUCGAGGGAGGUGAGUCUCCCUCAGUGUGCUGCGCGGAAGGAGUGGGUCUGCGGAGGUAAGUAAUGUCACAAUAUUAUAGCCCCUCAAUCCCUAAACAGACUUAUAUAUACCUCGGAAUUAGUAUAUGAUGGUCCAUUUCCGUAGUAGGGUCAUGUGGAUGCUCAUUGUCAAAAGAUGGGUGACCAGAACCCAUUAUGGGUCUAAAAAUGGCCAUGGAAAGAUGGUUUAAUAACCACCUGUCUCAAUUUAUGGAUUUGCAUAUUAUUUAUCUACAUUAUUAUUUGGGGACCUACUCAUAGCAAUCCAUGGUGCUGAACCCACUUCCCCUAAGAAAAUUUUUAUUAAAAGCAAUGUUACAUUUUUGCUUCAUUAAAAAAAAAAGGUUUAGUGGUUCUUUAUUUUUACCCAUUUGCUACCUAUUUUACCUGAUAGUUUUUUUGUUUUUGUUGUUACAUUAUGCCAACGUAAGUGUCCCUUUAACAGUUGCCAUACUAUACAUCCUCCAUCUAAUACUUAUCUGUGGCUUUUACAUACCUGGGAGGUAUAAAAUUUGAGUUAGAAUAAGGAAAUGUCAAUGAUGAUAUGCAUGUUGCUGGUAGCAUGUAACAAAAAAGAAGACUGCCAGCCUUGUGCAAAUACAGACAUACAUACAGACAUACCAACUUGACUUGGGCAUUCGUUUUCAGAUGAACAUGUUAGUGGAUUUAAAAUGUAUGGCAAAAUAAACAAACUGGAACAAGAUCUCCAGGUCAGCUAUGUUGCCAGUUCAGCUAAGUUGGUUAAAAGUGUGAAAUUCACUUUGAAUUCCUGACAACUCUCACUUUAGUGAAUACGUCUGUUACUGUGGUCGCUAAUUGGUGUUUCGCAUAUUUUAUGCUAAGUUUUUACUUAGUUGUUGUCAAACAGUUGGAGAUCCUUAAACAAGGCGAUUCCCAGCAGGAUCAAGCUAAUUACUAUUAUUAUAGUGUCAUCGGCACAAUAAAUUAGCAAUAUACCCUUGGGAUGUUCGGUGUGGAAAUGAAUUGCAUGGUAAAGUUGAUACUCUAAAUUAAGCUUUCUGUGUUAACACUUUUGUUUUGUUUUUCUCUUACAGACGAGGCUCGUUCAAAUAAAUGUGGGAUUUUGGUUCAUUGUUUAGCAGGCAUCAGUAGAUCUGUAACGGUCACUGUUGCUUAUCUUAUGCAGAAGCUCAACCUGUCCCUCAAUGAUGCCUAUGAUUUUGUGAAAAGGAAAAAGUCAAAUAUUUCUCCUAAUUUUAACUUCAUGGGACAACUGUUAGAUUUUGAAAGAAGUCUUGGAUUAAAAAGUCCUUGUGAGAUCCGAUCUCCAGCCAACCAGCUGUACUUUACCACGCCAACCAGUCAUAACCUAUUUCAACUCGAUAGCUUGGAAUUAACAUGA